GAAAUCAAUGCCAUUAUGGCUGAUAGUGGAGGACCAGGAUCCAUAGAUGCCGGUGGCGGAGGACCAGGAGGCGGAGCAGCCGGAGCAGGCGAUGACGUGCCUCCAGUUCCAGCUGUUCGCCGGCGCCGUGCGCAUGAGCAGAAAUCCUCGAGAGAGCAAGUGGAGGAGGAGGAGAGCCAACAGCUGGAGACGUCGACGGUGACGAGGACAUACAUGAAGACCAUCACCACCUCCCUGACCACCUCGAGUAGCUCUAACUUAGAGGAAUUUGUCCUGGAAGAGCCUUUGGAGGCAGCUGCUCCUUCGCCCAAUCAACAGAGAUUGCGACAAAAGGUGGCCCAGUACGAAAAGGUCUGGUCGGAUGGCUCUAAUCCUGUAAAGCGACCCGCCGAGCAAAGCUCCGAUGAGCUGCGUUUGGCCGACGACCAGGAUGAGUACGAUGCUGAGAAUCCCUUUGAGAUAGAUGUGCACGAGAUUGAGCGGCGACUGCGCCAGGAGAGGCAACGUGGCCUGGCCGAGGCGGAGGCAGCCAAGUUGGCCUUUCAGCAGGUGCAACUGAGGCACACGACUCCUCCGCGACGAGUGGAAGUCACCAGUGACCAGGUGGCGAGUCCCUUUAACGUGACCCUUCGCACUACCAGUCGCAUGAGUCCAGGUGCCGAGCAAGGCAAUGUGGAGGAGCACCUGGCGCCGUUUAAUGUGACCCUUCGAACCACUCGCAGGACCAAGAAGAAGGAGCUCAAGGAACUGGAGAGCUUCCUUGAGGGAGAAAGAACUGUGCGAGAGGUGCCCUCUGCCGAUGGCGUGAGGACCAUCAUCACCUCCUCGAUGACCAGUGAUGGCGGCUAUGCCGAGGAGAAGAUCUAUCGCCAUGGAGAGGGCUAUGUUUCUCCAAGGGACUCCCCAUCCUGGUCGCGUUCCAGUUACUCCAGCGAGCGAUCCAGUGUGACGCCGCCGAGGAGCGUUGAUCUGACCGCCGGCGGACGAAGGAUACUAAUCAAACUGGAGCAGGAAAGUGAACUAACCGAGGCGGACUUCACCAGGCAGAGGGACGAGACCGAUUCGUUUGCCAGGGAGGGAGCCAUGGCAACCGGCAACAUUGACAUUACCGUCGGCGGUAGCAACCCCCGCCGGCGUUUGUACCAGCAAACAACUGUCCAGGUGGGCGGUGGCAACCGCACUGCCACCCCCGAGGAGCUAACACCCCAAAGGCACAUGCCGAGGGACUUAGACCUGGCCAGGAGCACCAACACGAAGACAAUGCUAACAUCCACGCCAAUUGGCACGAAGGAGCAACCGCAAACGGGUCCGAAAACUCUAGUUAGUCCAGCUGCAACGUGCCAAUUGCGCGGUUCUUCGACGGAAGAGCCCCGGAAAAUUGUAAGCCACAAAACGAUAACCAGCACAACGACCAAGUCCACCUCGUCCUCAUCCUCCUCGUCCACGUCGCGUAAAUUGAUCGAAACGUCGCCGGUUGUCGCCGGGAAUUGGAAUAUCUCAUCGCAAAUUCGUACCGGUAACAGCGAUUUAGAUAUCGAUAACGAUUCGGACACCGAGGGCAGACCGGCCAGCAGUAUUGUGAUUGUGUCCACGCCCACGCGACACACCACACCGGCAUCCCAAUCCGCGUCCGUAACCCCAUCCGCAUCCACAUCCGCAUCAGCUGCCCACGCCCUCAGCGGCAUCGGCACUUUCAGCAAGAGUCUGCGCCAGGAUUAUCAGACUCUGGCAACGCAAAGUGGCCGCAGCAACGAAUCACCCAGCGACCAGGAAUACCACGAGUUCCAGUCCACCAUGGCGUCCAUAAACUACGCCCGCAGCAAUUCCCAGUACGACAGCCAUAUCAAGGAGAAACGAGAGGAGCAAGAACGUGUGCAGAAGAAGACAUUCACUAAUUGGAUUAAUUCAUACCUAUUGAAGCGUGUUCCACCGCUUCGUAUCGAUGAUUUAAUCAAUGACUUACGCGAUGGUACGAAACUAAUUGCACUGCUGGAAGUUCUGUCCGGAGAACGCCUGCCCGUGGAGAAGGGUCGCGUUUUGAGACGUCCACAUUUCCUCAGCAAUGCCAAUACGGCCCUGCAAUUUUUGGCCAGCAAACGGAUCAAGUUGGUUAAUAUUAAUCCCGCAGAUCUGGUGGACGGGAGACCACCAGUUGUGUUGGGUUUGAUAUGGACAAUCAUCUUGUACUUCCAGAUCGAGGAGAACAGCCGCAACCUAGAGUAUUUGGGUCAUGGUAUUGGCGGUUCGGUUAGUUCCCUCGACAGUGUUGGCAACCAGAAGCACGGCGAUCUGAAGGCUGAGAAAUGGAAGCAGGGUGCCAGGAAGACCCUGCUCAACUGGGUGACCAACGCCUUGCCAAAGGAGAGUGGUGUGGAGGUGAAGGAUUUCGGCGCCAGCUGGAGAGAUGGCGUCGCUUUCCUGGCCCUCAUCGAUGCCAUCAAGGCGAACCUGGUCAACUUGGCUGAGCUGAAGAAGGCCAGCAACCGCCAGCGUUUGGAGACUGCUUUCGAUGUGGCCGAAAGCAAACUGGGCAUUGCCAAGCUCCUGGACGCUGAGGAUGUGGACGUACCCAAGCCGGACGAGAAGAGUAUCAUGACAUAUGUGGCGCAAUUUUUGCACAAGUAUCCUGAACCUAAGGGUGCUUCCCGCGACCAAUCGCAUGUGCAGCAGGAGGCGGACGAGCUGCGUCGCUUCCUGGUGGAGAAGACCACCGAGUACGAGCCCAUGGUCAUGAUGAGCUCAUUCCCACGCGAUUUUAGUGAAUACUUACUGGCACGUUCUGAAGUCGAUGCCCAUUUGGCGGCAUACAACCGCUUGAAGCAGCUCAUCGAGAGCCAGAGCGGCUUUUUGCAGGUUUCCCGCCAAUCUUGGGAGGAGAUCAACGAGCUGUGGCAGCGCCUCCAGUACCAGAUGAUGUACUGGCUCUGGCUGCUGGACUCCGAGCUGCCCGGCGACUUUGGCACCGUUGGCAAAUGGUUAGCCGAAGCAGAGAAACUAUUGAUGGACAACGAUAUACCCAAUGCAAUGAACGAGGAGACGGCCGCUGUGAUAAGCAGGAAACUGGAGGAGCACAAGCUCUUCUUCGCCGAUCUGCCUCGCAUUUUGGCCAUGUUUGACAAUGCCAAGCGGUCACCAUUGGCCCAGCAAAUUCCCCUGGAGCAGUUGCGCAACAUGGAGCGUCGCCUUCAAGAGGUCGGACCCAAGGCAGCGGAGCGUAGGAUUCGCCUGAAGUUCCUGGAGCACAAGUGCUGUCUGAUUGCCUUCCUUAACCUGGUGGAGAACAAGAUGCGCGGCUGGACUGGAAAGUAUGGGCAGGAGGAGAAGGUGGCCCAACAGCUGGAGCAGUACAAGAACUUUGUGUCGCGCAACAAGAUCUUCCAGGAGUUCCAGAAGGCCUUUGUCGAUAUGCAACAGGUGGUGGAGGAGUACAAGCGCGAUGGCAAUGUGCCGCGCAAGGAGAUCAACGAAAUCGAUCGGUUUAUGUAUGAAACCGAGGAGCGUUGGAAGCGUGUCUCCAUGGAACUGAAAUGCUGUCAGAACUCCCUGGAGGAAGUGGUCAAUUGCUGGCGUAGCUGGAACCAAUUGGCCCCCACUUGCGAGGAGUGGCUAUCGCUGGCCGAGCAAAAGGUGAAUCAGAGCGAGGAUGAACGUCUGGACUUCUUCCAGGACAUACCCGUGUGGAAGGACAAGUUCGACGCCUUGGCUAAUUCUGCCAACUAUCUGAUUGCCUCCUGUGAGGAGCCCAUUGCCCAGCAGUUGCGUCAACGGCAUGGAGCUCUCUCUGAGCGAUUUGAGCGUUUGUUUGCCAACACCAAGCAGUAUAUGCAUGCUGGAGACAUUAUCCGUUCGCGACAGGAGUUCAAGUCCGGAAUAGAACAGCUUUCCAGGUGGCUGCGAGGAGCCGAAAGCGUUCUGGACCAAAGGCAAGUCCUCGGAAACAGUGAGCAGAUCAAGCAAUAUGGCCAGCAGCUGCAGCAGUUGGCCAGCGAAAUCGAUGACAACGAGGAGCUGUUUAAGACCAUCAGCAGGAAUUUCCAAUCCCUGAUCCAAGACCUUUCCCGCGACGAGGUGGACAAGAUGAUGAAACUGCUGAAGCAGGAGAAGGAAUCUCUGGUGCGCAUACGCGCCCAGUUGCCUGCCAAGCUGCAUCUGUUCCAUCAACUGCAGAUCCAACAGGAAUCCCUGGAGGCGGGACAAAAGGAGAUCCAUCAAUGGUUGAGUGAGGCUGAACAGCUUCUGGGAACCCACAAUCUUACCGGAGGCCGUGAUGCCAUAAAUGAGCAACUCCAAAAGCACAAGACCUACUUCUCACGCACUGUAUACUAUCGUUCCAUGCUGGAGAGCAAGAACAAGGUGUUCCAGAACCUACUGAAGGCCGUGUCCGCGGAUGACAAGAUCGACACUGCUCCCGCUUCGCAGCAAAUGCAGCAGCUGAACGAGCGAUUCAACUAUGUGAUCCAGAAUGCCCAGCAAUGGGAGCAGCGCUUGGAUUCGGCAGCUGGUGGUUGGAGCAACUUCAAGGACAACGAGCGUGUGGUCAGCGAAUGGCUCACCCAUGCGGAGUCCAUGCUGGUGGAGAAGCACAUCGAAUCUAAGACCACAAUUGAGACCCAGAAAUACUUCUUUGAGCAGGUCAACGAUCGCUGGAUGAAUGAUUUGGUCCAAUCGGCUCAACAACUUCUGACCACCUUGCCGGCCCAAGAGCAACCUGCUGUUGUACAAAGUGUGGAGCAAUUGCAAUCCCGCUGGAAGAAUGUGCUAUCCCAGGCUCCGUUGCACCUACUAAAACUGGAAUUCAGACUAGACGAGAAUGCCUUCUAUCAAUCUUUGAAGGAUGUGGAGAAGGAGUUGCAGCUGGAGCAGCAGGCCCUUAAUCGCAAUGAGGACGUGGACUCUAUUUUGCAGCGUAAUCAGCAGUUCCUCCUGCAACAGGAUGUAGUUCCUCGCCUGGAGCGCUGCCUUCAGAACAUGCAACGUCUGGCCCAAGCCCACAGGCAACAACAACCCGGUGACAUUAGUCUGGAUCAGGCCUACGACAAUGCCAAGUCGCAGUGGCAACUGUUGUCCAACAAACUGGGCGAUAUGCGCCAGACCCUUCAGCAAAUCCCAGCCCAAUGGCAGGGCUACCAUCUGAAAUUUAACGAUAUGGUCAAUUGGAUGAACGGCGUGGAUCAGAGCCUUAAAAAUAUCGUCAAUGAAGUCAAUACCAUGGAGGAAUUCGAGAAGGAGAAAGUCGUCUUCCAGAAAAUCUGCCAGGAUGCUGACAACAAACGCGAGGAUAUGAAAUGGCUGGUCAAGACUUUGGACUCUCUGCUUAGCUACGCUACUGAAGAUGAAGCCAAUCUGGAGCAGAAGAAACUGGAGGACUUGAUUGCUCGCUACAAGAACCUUAUCCCCACGAUUGAGAUCACCAUGGUCAAGACGGAAGUUUUCUCUAAGUGCUACACCUACCGCCGUGAAGUUCACGAGGUUGUGUGCCUGCUGAGCAAGGUCAAGGAUCAGACGGCCAAUAUACCAGCUCCCGACAGUCUGGAGCGAGUGAAUCGCCUGAUUGAAGAACAGCAGUAUGCCGUUAAUCAGCUGGAUCACCAGCGUCCGCACAUCAUGUCUAUGCUACAACGAGGACGUGAUCUUAUCAAGGAUGUGCAUGCCCCAGCCUUUGUUAAUACCGAGGUGAAGAACCUGGAGACUGGUUGGAAUCAGGCCUACACCGAAACCUCUGACAAGCUGCAGGCCCUUAAGGGCACCCAGGCUGUUUGGAGCGAGUUCGUGGACCAGAAGAAUGACAUCUUCUCCAUGUUGCAAACUGCCGAAACGGAGCUUCGUUCCUUGACUCCAUUGCAAACCGAUCCCAAAAAUGUUAGCCAGGAUCUGAAGUCCAAGAGAGAUCUCAAUGUGCAACUGCAGCAGGCUUCCCAUCAACUUCUGCCUAAAUUGCAUGCUCUCAAAUCAGAACUGGCUCCUCUGGCUGCUCCCGACAAGCGUCCCAUCCUGGAGAAGGAAGUAACCGAGGUGGAGAAGAUGUUCUUCAAUACCAUGGAGCAUGUGAAAGAUCGCGUUGGCUAUCUGGAGGACUACAGUGCCAAGUGGAACAACUACAAGACUCGCCUCGCUGAACUGCAAGAAUGGGCCAACAAGGUUGCCCCCAAGAACAUCGAGGCCCUUCAGUCCGAGGAUCUCACACCGGAGGAGCGUGUGGUCAAGGUGCAGGCCUUCAAGCGUAUCCUUGGCGAUCGCAUGAAGCAACUGGAUCUUCUGGCCGCCGAUGCCUCCGAAUUGGCCCCCAAAGAGGGCAACAUUGCCGAGGCCAAGCGACUCAAGGGCGAGAUCACCAAGCUGCAGGAGGUCCUCAGUGCCAUCAAUCGCAACGUGGACCACCAGGCACAGGCUGUGCAGGAGGAUCUUGUCAACUGGCAGCAGUUCCAGGCCGGUCUGCAGCAAAUCAAGCCAGCCGUGGAGCAAAGCGAAGUCAAGGUAAAUAAUGUAGUUUCUAAGCCCAUCUCCCUCGAAGAAGCCGUUGCCAUGCAACAGAAUGCCCAACAAUUCGAGACACAGUGCCAGGAGCAAUUGGACAAGCUCCAUGGCAUUUCAAACAUCAGUCAUAAAAUGUUAUGUAAGACCAAUGCCCCCGACGAAUUGGAUGCCAUGCAUUCGCGUUGGACGGCUGUCCAUGAGAACGCGAAGCAGGCGAGCGCCAAGCUUGAGAAGUUGGUGGCCAACUGGAAGUCAUUUGACGCCGAUGCCGCCAAACUCGAGGAUUGGGUUGGCCAGGGUGAGCAGCUGAUGUCUCGCCGUCCAGCUGUCCUUAAUACCCCGCACAUUGACAAGCUCGAAAAGGAGCUGGUCAAACUAAAGUCCUUUAACAACGAGAUCUCGCAGCAGCAGGCCAAGCUCGUGACUCUGGGUCAGAAUGCCGAUCAGAUUAGUUUGCACUUGGCUCCUGAGGGAGCAGCAGCUUUGAAAGAUCGCGUGAAUCAAAUGAAGGGCAAGUUGCAGAAGCUCUCGGAAGCCACUCGCGGUCACAUCAACGAGGUUUCCGAUGCCAUUAUCUCGCGGCAGGACUUCAAUGCCAAAUUGGUUAACUUCUCCAACUGGAUGGAGCAGCUUCGUAACCAGGUCACCCAAGUGGAAGAAAUCAACCCAGAGCGUGUUGAGACCAGUCUUCAUGUUAUUCAUGCAUUACUCCAGGAACAUGCCGAUAAGAAGCCGAGCUUUAAUGCCAUCUACGAUGAGGUUAAGCAAUUGGCCUUGGGAGCCACUCCCGAAGAGUCUAAUGCCCUGAAUGAUGCCUACACCGCUUUGGUGGUGAACUAUCAAAACCUGGAGACCAACAUGCUUCAAAAGAAGGCAGCUCUGGAGAAGUGGACUGAGCUGCUGGGCUGGAAGAACGACACGGAAUCGCAUUUGAACUAUCUGAAACACCAGUUGGACAAACCAGAAGGACCCGCUGCCGAGGAGCUCUCCAAGGUGAUCGAUGAGAUCGACAAUUUAGGUCAGGGUAUUUCCUACUGGAAGGGUCAGGCCAAGGAGAUCGAUGAAAACCCGGCCAUCCAGUUGAGAGAUGCUUUGUCCCGCCGUCCACUGAUCGCCACCCAAAUUGUGAAUGAUGUUGAGAAUAAACUGGAGAAUCUGAAGCUGCGUUCGCAGAAUCAACAGCAGCAAAUUCAACAGAUGAACGUACGCAAGGACAAAUUCCAUGCCCUGGAGCACAACUUUGGCCAGGCUCUGCAAGAGAAUCGCGCCAAGCUGGACGAGAUUCUCAAACAGCAUCCGACCCUGAACAACAUCGAUCAGAUCAUUGCCGAUUUAGUGGCUCUGAAUGAGGCUCUAAAAUACCAGGCGGAUCUGAAGAAUCGCAUUCAUGACGAAGGUUCUUUGCUGAUGCGUGAGGAUAUUGCCAGCAUGCCUGCCAUUCAGGAGAGCCUUCUUGUCAUGGAUAAGAACUACGAUUCUCUGCAGAACGAGAUUGCUGAUCGUAUUCAGAAGUACAACCUAAUCAGCCAGGCCUUGAGGGAGUAUGCUGACUCCAAGGACAAGUUCUCGAAGGAGCUCAAGAAGGCAGAAGAUUUGUUCAAUGCCAUACCUCAACAGCCACGUGAUGAAACUGAGCUCCAUCAGGCUUCGGAGAAGACCAGGAAGACCAUGGAGCAGCUGCGCAAAUCCAAGCUCAGUUUGGAUGAACUAGAGCGUCGGGGCAGCAAUGUGGGCAAACUUUUCAGUGCUAUUGGAGAGCCAAUCCCCCAGGAAGUGCCACAGGAGGUAACAGCUGCCAAACAACACUGGCAAGAUCUGCAUGAUAAGACAGCAAAGAACGCCCAUGUCUACGAGACUGAAGCCGUUAUUUGGUCACAGAUCGAAGAUGCCAAGAAGGACCUUCUCCCCUGGUUGUCAGAAACGAACCAGGGACUCUGCGAUGCUGCGGAUAAUUCAAUUGAAAUUGAGUUUGGACCUAUGCGUCUAAGCAAAUAUCGCACGGAGUUGCCUUCCUACCAGGCUCUGAAGGAUUCGAUUGUGGAGAAGACAAAUGAAUUGGUGAAGAUCAACAAGGGCGCAGAGAUCCCAGCUCUAUCUGCUCUCAAUAAACUCUUGACCGAGCAGUUUGCUGAAGUAAGCAACAAUGCUGAUCGCCUGAGUGCUGUUACCACUUCGUUUAACGAUCAGGAACAAGAGUUGCGUAAACGCUCCAAGGAAGCCGGCGAGAGGGUGAGCAAACUCCGUGAGCAGUUGAUCAAGUGCGACGACAUGUCCGGUGACAAUAACAAGAUCAUGGAGCGUCUCCUGCAAUGCCGCGCCCUGCGUGGUGAACUCGACAAUAGCGGAAACGAAAUUGACAACAUCAAACAAAAGGUCGAUGAGUUGCGUAAUCUGUAUCCCACUUUCAGUGAGUCCAUUAUACCCAAAGAACUGAAUAACGUGCAGAAACGGUAUGAGAACGUCGAUCUCUAUGCUAAAAAGAUUGAGAGCUCCCUGCUGCAGUUCCUCAAGAAAUUCCACGCCGAUAAAGUAGGCAUGCUGAAGCGCAUCAUUGCCACUCAACGCGAAAAGGUGGCCUGGUGUCAGCCUGAGUCUUCCAGUGACAAAUACAACCUCGAUGUGAAGAAGUCCUCGUUACAGGAGGUCAGCAAGAGCAUUGAUGAUUGCAAGGCGCGACAUGCCGAAACCCUGAAGUCACUGGAGAUGUUGAAGGCUGUGGAAUCUCCUCAAAACCUUGCUGAACUUACCAACGAUGCCGAGUUACUUCGUAAGGAUAUGCAGGCUCUGCAGGAUAGCUUUGACAAAAUCAAGGAUAUCCUUGAUGAAAACGUCGAUUUGUGGUCACAGUACGAGCAGUCCAAUGAACAGAUUUCCAACUGGUUGCGUGACGUCGAAGGACGCGUUAAGGCAGAGACUAGCAGUCAAGUCAAUCUACCCGAGGUGCCACAAAAGCUUCAGGAAUUGUCUAUUCUCCAACAGGAUGUGUUGGCCCAUGAGCCCAUAAUUAAUAACCUUGAGCAGACUUCCCAACAGCUUAUUGAGAAGAACCCAGAGGCAAGAAUCGGACAGUUUGUCACUCAUUUGGUGCAGCGUUAUCAAGCUGUAUCGAAGGCACUGACUGGCUACAUUGAUAAGAUCCGUAGUGCUCAGUUGUCGAAUGCCAACUUUGCCAAGGCAGCCAAGGAUUUCAAUGAGUGGUUCGGGGAUGCUAAGAUCGAGUUCCAAGAAUUGGCCCGCAUGGGAUCACCUGGAUCUUCUUCUGCCACAGCCCAACAACUGCAGACCGUCAAGAAUUACAUCAAGACCUUUGAUAAUGGUCAGGUUCUGCUGAAUAACGCUGUGGACAUUGGUGAGGCCCUGUAUCCGGUGGUUUCCCCUGAGAAUCGCGAACGUAUCCGUUCUGAUCUUCGUCAAAUGCGUGAGAAGUUCGACUAUCUGCGAGAUGAAGCAAAUGCAUUCAUGCAGCAAGUUGAGGGUGUUUUGAUUCAGAAGACUUCCAUCGAAGAAAGCUACACUCAAGUUUCGCAUUACCUUAACGAAUCGAAGGCUAAGGUUCCCGCCGGUGACGAACUGUACCCCACUUUGGCCACCAAAAAGGCUGCUCUUCAAAACUACAAGACCCAGCUGCAGGAGAUUACCCUUCACAAGAAUGCUCUUAAGCAACUGCACGACAAGGCUGUGACCCUUUGCGACGAUGAGUCGGAGAGAAAGACCGACGAGUCCAUCCAAGAGUAUAACACACUCUCCAAGAAGAUUUCCGAUAGGAUUGCAACCGUGGGUAAUCAUGUGGUUAAGCAUGAGGCCUACGAUCAGGUUCUGGAAAAAGCACAAGAUUGGCUUAAUACCAUUAAAUCCGAAGCCAUUGACAUCCUUAACGAGACCACAUUUGAGAAGGAAGGUGCCGAGGAGAAACUUCUUGUUGUGGAAAAUCUUCUGCAACAUAAGCCUGAGGGUGAUUCCAUCUUCGAUACCUGUCACAAGUUAUUGGAAACGGUGCUCACACAAACCCAUGCCAGUGGUCAUCCAGCCCUGCUCAAGGGUUUCGAGGAACCGAAGCAGUCUUGGGAGGACUUCAUGACUCUGUGUCAGGACUCGUUGGUAAAACUGAAGCAGCUCUGCUCUAAAUGGGAUGAGUUUGACACGAUUAUUGAAGAACUGGACAACUGGAUGAAGAAUGUGGAGGCAGUGGUUAAGAACCAGAACCUUAAGAGUACCGCGGAAGCCAAGAAUGCCCAUUUAAAGCAGCUUCAGGAGAUCGCAAAGGAUAUUGAACGUCGUGGUUCGGCCAUCAAUGAGCUAAUGGAUCAAGGUCGUGAGAUCGAGGGUGAAACCGAUUUGAACCUUAAGUUGUCCCGUCUGAAUACUCGCUAUCAGACCCUGAAAAAUCUAUGCAAGGAAUCGAUAGCCAAGUAUGUGAACUAUGUGAAGGAUCACGAAAGCUUCGAUAACGACUUCGAUGCAUUCAAGCAAAGUCUUCAGUCUUCGGUCGACGAGUUAGCUAAGGCCAAUGAGAUCGUGGGUGAUCAGAGCGUGCUGCAGGAUCAGCAGAAUAAGCUCCGUGAGAUGUCCGACAAGCGCAUUUCGGACUCCACUCUCUUCGAAGGUCUCAUCGACCGUGGAGAAAAGCUCUAUGGUCACACCAGUCCGGAAGGCCGUGAAAUCAUCCGUCAGCAGUUGCGUGCUCUGCGCACCCUGUGGGACAACUACACCGACGACUUGAACUCGGCAACGCAAAAGAUCGAUCAGUGUCUGCUGCAGUUCAACGAGUUUAGCAUUGCCCAGGAUCAGCUUACUAAGUGGCUGAAGGAUGUGGACAAGGCCAUGCAGAGUCACACCGAACCGAAGACGACGCUGCAGGAAAAGCGUGCUCAAUUGCAGAAUCACAAGUUGCUCCAUCAGGAAAUCACUACGCACAACGUUCUUGUCGACAAUGUCUGCGACAAGGCUCAGAUCCUGGUGGAUCAGAUCAAGGAUAACUCCUUGAAUGUGUACCUGUCCUCGAUCAAGCAGCUCUUCCAGAGCAUUGUCCAAAAGUCCGAUGAGAUCUUGCACAAUCUUGAGGAUUGUGUCCAGAAGCAUAAUGAAUUGAACAACGCCUUAUCCUCGGCCAAGACUUGGAUCUCCAAUGAGAAGGCCAAGUUGCUAGAGUGCGAUGAUGCUUAUGGCGAAAAGGCGGACAUUAAGCGCAAGAUCGAAACCUUGGGACAGUUGGCUCAGAACAAACCACAGGCCAUGAAGUUGAUCAGCGAUAUACGUGAUCUGUUCGAGAAGGUAAAGGCCACGACCUCCGAAAAGGGGAACGAAGUGCUGGACAAGGAGAUCGAGGAGCUGGAGACCACCAUGAAGAGUCACUUUGAUGACAUCGAGGGCAUUGAAGGCAAGCAGAAGGAUGUUCUUGCCCAGUGGGACAAUUUUGAAAAGACAUUGGAGGAACUGACCAAGUGGUGCCGCAAUGCAGAGGCUGUUUUCCGUGAGCAGCAGCUGAAGUCUACGCUCCACGAAAAAGUGGAACAGCUGGAGAAGUACAAGAUCCAAAGGGAAUUGAUUCUCCAAAAGGAGAAGGAGAUCGAUGCCUUUGGAGAUGCUGCCCAUGCCCUGCUCAACAACUGCGGAGCCGAUCGUCUGAAGACCCUAACCACUCAGAUCACCAAUCGCUAUCAGCUGCUACAAGUUCUCAGCAAGGAAGUGGUCAACCGCUGGUCCAACCUUGUCGAUGAUCACCAGUACUACCAAGACAAGUACAACGAGGUCGAUUUGUGGCUGCAACCCAUUGAAGCACAAAUGGAAAAGGUCCUUUUGGAUGAACCCACCCAGAGUUCGAACAUUCUUCAAAUCCUGCUUUCUGAAAAGGAGCAAGCUGAGAGCUUAUUCGCUGCUUUGAAUGCAGCUGGAGAAAAGGCUCUGCCGGAGACUUCAACGCAGGGCAGGGAGAAGAUUCGGAAGGACCUGCGUGAUAUACGCGAUCGUUGGGACAAGCUGGACGAGGGCAUUCGCAACCUGGAGAAACGUCAGGAGGCCCAGGGUGUUCAGCUCUCCAGCUACCAGGAUAUUCUCAAUCAAACAGUCAACUGGUUGGAUCAAGUGGAGAAACUUAUUCACAACGAAAACCCAGCUAGCUGGACCAGUGCCCAGGAAAUCCGCUCCAAAUUGUACAAGUACAAGGCCACCAACCAGGACAUUAACUCCCACAAGCGUAUUGUAGAGGCAGUUAAUGAAAAGGCAGCAGCCCUUCUGGGAAGCGCAGCCCCUGCCAAUGCUGAUGAGAUCUCCAAGGCGGUUGCCGAUGUGAACAAGCGUUAUGAGCAAGUGGGUCAAGAUUGUGCCAAAUUGGUUGCCGAUCUUGACGGAGCUUUCGAUGUGUAUCAGCAGUUCAGUGAGCUGCAGAAGGCCCAACAAGACUACCAGAAGAAUCUUUGGGAUCGUCUUACCGGUUACUCCGACUACUCAGGUAACAAAGCCGCUCUCCAAGCACGCCUUCAAAAGAUCAACGAGAUUCAGGAUGCCUUGCCGGAAGGAGUAGCCAAACUUAAAUCACUCGAGGAUCACAUUGAGCAACAGGCUAGUAAUAUUCCUGCCCGCUCCAAGGAGGCAAUGGCCCGCGAUCUGGCCAACUUACAUGCUGACUUUGAGAAAUUCGGUGCUUCUUUGAGCGACGUGAAGAGUGGACUGGAGAAUCGCCUUCAACAAUGGAAUGAUUACGAGGUCAACUUGGAUCGCCUGAUCAACUGGUUGGGUGAGGCGGAGAAUGCUCUGAAGAACUACAAUCUGAAAUCUUCAUUCGAGGAGAAGGAAGAGCAAUUGAAUCGCUUCCAGUCCUUGGCGCAGAAUUUGCGUCAAAACGAAGCCGACUUCGACAAGAUGAAGGACGAUACCUCGGAGCUGGUGCAAAGUUCUGGUGAAACCAGGAUUGCUGUAAAUGUGCAACAAGUGUCCUCCCGAUUCCAAUCGAUACAGGCUACAGCCAAGGAAAUUCUCAAGAAGUGCGAGCAGGCUGUCCAGGACCAUGGUCACUUCAAUGAUAAGUACAAGCAGUGUGCCGAUUGGUUGGCUAAUGCCCAGGCUCGUUACGAUGAUUGCUGUGAUUUGUCCACAGUAGCAUCUCGAGACGAUCUUCUGAAAAAACAACUGGUUAUCCAGGAGCUUUUGGCUCAGCAACCCACUGCUACUCAGCUGCUGAAUAGCACCGUUGAGCUGGGCGAAAAAUGCUAUGGAUCCACCGCAACCGAAGGACGCGAAGCUAUUCGCAGUCAACUGGAUGAUCUGACAUUCGAUCAGUUGUUUGAUAACAUUGCCAUCACAGCGAGAAAGAUUCAGGAUAAAAUCGCCAAAUGGUCUGGCUUUGAUGAGAUCGCUGACAGCCUAAAGAGCUGGUUGGAGGAAACGGAGAAUGCUCUUCCUGCUGAUAUUGAGUUGAAAACAACGCUGGAUGAGAAACGCACCAAACUACAGACCUAUCGUGACAUCCUAAACGACAUUAACAACCAUCAGGUGGAGUUGGGCAAUCUUCAGGAGAUUGCCGCCAACCUGCCAGAGAAAACGGACCUUGUGGACCAAAUACUCAAGGACAUUUCUGACAGAUUUGGAAAGCUGCAAAAGCGAGCACAGAACUACGUGGAACGCUAUGAGGGUAUUGUGAGUGCCCAUCAGCAGUACUCCAAGGCUGUGAUGGAUGCUCAAGAGUUCAUCGAUGCCACCCUGAAUACGGUUCACUAUUGGGGCGAUCUGGAUCUGGAACAGAUAUCUUUGCACACGAACCUUGAUCGCCUGAAGAAUCUGAAGGCCAGCUUGGCCGAUGAGUUCCCUCGAGUUGAUCAAGUAAGGGCUUUGGGCGAGAAGGUCAUUCCGGGUACAGUGGAUGUGGGUCAGGUGAACAUCAAGUCCCAGAUCGACACCACCCAGCAAGAAUGGGAGAGUCUACUGACCGCUAUCAGCUCGACUAUUGAGGCCAUUGAAGCGCGUCUACAGCACUGGUCGGAGUACGAACAAUUGCGCGACCAAUGUUUGGCUUGGAUUCGUGAUACGGAUAACAACCUUCACGCAAUCGAUCUUAAGGAGGAUCUGCCGAAGAAACGUGCUCAGUUGGAUGCACUGAAGGCACUCCAAGGAGACGUACGCGCCAAGGAAUUGGAGGUUGAUAAUGUCACGGAGAAGGCUCAAACUCUGCUGAAGGGACCAACCAGCACUCGAGCUUCGGGUCCCGAGCUGGUUACCAAGUACCAACAGAUCUUCCACAAGGUCAAGGAGCUUAACAACCGUUGGCAGCAGUAUGUUGCUUCUCAUGAAGAUUUCGACAACGCUAUCUCCGAUUGCGCCUCUUGGAUCAAUGACAUCAAAGAGAAGUUGGACUACUGCUCCGACAUGUCCUCUAUGAGUCCAAAAGAACUGGAUAAGAAACUUGCCACUAUUCAAGAUGUUAUCUUGCUAAAGGACGAAGGUUCUGCUCGUGUCUUGAAGAUCCUCGAGCAGGCUCAGCAUGUGCUGGCUAACACAGCCCCCGGAGGUCAUGAAGCUAUUAACAAGGAACUCACUGAUCUCCAGGAUCUCUGGUCAGGAAUUGCUCUGCGCAUCAUGGAUGUCAAAUCUAAUCUGGAUGACUCCAUUACUCAAUGGUCCGGUUUCCUGGACCAAGUGCAAAAUGUUCGCAAGUUUAAUGAGUGGCUAGAUGGGCUGGUCAAAGAAUUAAGUGAGCAUCAGACAACCAUGACAGAGAAGCGAGCGCAGUUGGAUCGGGUUAAAUCUACGGAGGAGAAGGUUCGCGUCGAGAAGAUCGAUGUGGAUGCCCUUAAGAUCCAGGCCAAGGAGAUGAUUGCCAGCGGUCAACAAAGUCAGGCAGCCUUCCAGGCCCAAAAGGUGCUUGACACCUUCGAUGAACUUUUUGCUAAGACGCAGAAACUGCUGUCAGAUCGUCAGGAUCAGUAUAGGGAUCAUCGUUUGUUCAAGGAGGCCUACGAUGAUUUGGUUAGCUGGAUUGGACGCGCCCGCGAGAAGUUCCCUUCGUUGAAGCAGAGCAGCUUAAGUGAUAAACUGGCCAUCGAAAAUGCUGUCCAAGCUACGGAAGCUCUUCUUAACAAACAAGCUCAGGGUGAACUUCUGGUCGAACACUUAGUCCACACCGGAGAGGUGGUGCUGGCCAGUACCUCUUCUCAAGGUCAGGAGAUCAUUAGGAAUGACAUCCGUGCCCUGCGCGACAGCUUUGAGGGCUUGUUCCGUGAAAUCAACCAACAGAAAGAGAACCUGGAGGUCACCAUGGUGCAGUGGCGGGCAUAUAAGGAGGAGUACGAACGGCUGAUGGAAUGGUUACAGCAGAUCGAUAUCCUUGUGAAGAAUCACAAGCUCAACCUGUGUCCCAACCUUCCUGAUAAGGAGAAACAGGUAGCUGAUAUGAAGGAAGUGAUGUCACGUCUUGAGAAAGGCAAGGAUGACAUUGAUAAGUUCAAUGCUUCGGCUGCCAGUUUGCUCAAGUCCCACCUGGAUACCUAUGUGAACAAUCAGCUGAGACACUUGGGUUCCGUCUAUCAAGUGCAGGUAAACCUGGCAAAGGAUGUCCUCAAAAAAGUGGAGACCAACCGCGACCAGCAUCGCGAAUACGAUGCUAAUAUGAAGUCUGCCAAGGAUUGGAUAGCCAAUGCGAAAUCCGUAAUUCAGUCGGCCGGCGAGGGAGCUGGCUCUAAGGAGGCUCUGCAACGUCGCCUGGAGCAUAUCCAGGAUUUGAUUCGCAACCGUGAGCUUGGCCAGAACUUGGUACACACCGCAAUCAAUAAUGGCGAAAAGAUAAUCAGAAACACUCGCUCUGAUGGUCGUGAUGCCAUUAAUAGCGAGAUGAAGGAACUCCAAACCGAAUGGGAUCGCCUGGUUAAGAAAAUGUCCACAGCCAAGGUGCAGCUGGAGACGAAUCUGCUGCAAUGGGCUGACUACAGUUCCAGCUACUCGCAGCUGCAGCAAUGGAUUACCGAUAGGGAGGCUAAGUUGCAGCAGGCCUUGGAACAGAAGAUCGUUAAAUCCAAGAGGGGUCAACCUGGUCUCAGCAGUGGUUUGAGCGAACGUAAGGCCAAUCUCCGCCAGACGAACAACAUUGUCCAGGACAUAGUAUCCUUCGAACCCAUGAUUCAGUCGGUUACUUCCAAGGCUUCAGUUCUGCAGCAAGGGGCUCCGGGCACUGAGAUCUCCGAUAAGUACGAGAAUCUCACCAAGCAAGCCAAGGAUCUGUAUGAAAAGCAGAAGAACACCAUCGAAAGCUAUCAGUCUUUGAUUGAUGCGGGCAAUGAGUUUGCUACUUGGUUGAGAAAUGCCAAGGAACGAUUGAGCAAGUGCUCUGAACCCACUGGAGAUAAACAGGCUCUGGCCGAGAAGACCCACCAACUGAAGAUCCUGCAGGGUGAGCUGCCCGAAGGUGCCCAGAAACUGAAGAACGCUCUGGAGCAAGGUGAAAUCGCUUGUCGCAGUGCAGAGCCCGAGGAUUGUGAAAUCAUUGAGCAGGAAGUGGCCCUUCUACAGGAGGAAUUCGAUGCCUACAGGGAAGCACUUAAUAAGGCCAAGGACUAUCUGGAAGUGGGCAUUGUCAAGUGGUCAGACUACCAGGAUCAGUACACCGAAGCUCUGGAGUGGUUAAGCAAGACCGAAGCUCUGGUGCAAUCCUACAACAAGUUGCAGGAUAGCUUGAUCCAGAAGAAGGUGGUCCUUGAGCAAUUCCAGGGACAUCUGCAGACCCUAUUCGACUGGCAGAAGACUCUGGACGAUCUUAACAUGAAGGCUCAGGUUCUGCUGGAGACUUGCUCCGAUACAAGGAUCAGUAAUGCCAUCAUGCAGUUAACCACCAAAUACAAUGCUCUACUGACCCUGGCCAAGGAAGUGAUGCGUCGGCUGGAGAUGCACUACCAAGAGCACCAGCAACAUCACAGUCUGUACGAGGAGUGUCAAUCUUGGAUUGAGAAGACCCGCGAGAAACUUUCCGAGUGCGAACAAAUACCCGGAACUCUUAACGAAGUGCAAAUUAAAUUGAACACCGUGAAGAACCUUCGUCAAGGCUUUGAAACCGGUCAGAACAAGCUGCGUUACCUUUUGGAACUGAAGGAAAAGGUGAUUAUGAACACUGAACAAAAUGGAGCAGCCAAAAUCCAGGAGGACACCGAAUCCCUUAAACAGGACUUUGACAAACUUUUGGUGGAUCUCAACGAUGUUCGCCAGAAGUUGGCCAAUCGCCUGGCUCAGCUGGAGGAGAUCUUCAAGCUCUACAAGAUCCUGGUCGAAUGGCUGGAGGAUGUGGAGCCGAGUGUCAAGGCCAGUGAUGAGUUCCUGAAUGAUCUGAGUGAGAAGCGCGCCGCGCUCGAGAAGUUCCGCGUUAUUCAGCGUGACAUCAAUGGCCACAAUGAUAUUGUGGAGAAGAUCAAUCAGCGUCUGAAGGAGGACAACAGCUUGGAUCUGAACGACUUCCAACCUGGUCUGGGCAAAUUCGAUGAGCUGCAGACGCAGGUCAAUAAGAUCAUUGAGUCGCUGGAGAACCAGGUGAACAGCCAUGAGAAAUACAAGCAGGCAUACAAUGAGCUGCAGGAUUGGCUGCGUCGCACUCGCAUCGAAGUGGAGCAGUGUGCCGACUGUCAUGGCGAGAAGGAUCAAGUGGAGGCCCGCCUUAAUCGAUUGGGAGAUUUACAGUCCGCCUCGUUGGAGGGCAAGUCCCUGCUGGAAGCCUGCGAAGAGCUAAGUCAGGCGGUAAUUGCCACCAGCGGAAGUGAAGGCCAGGACAAUGUGGCCCAGGAGAUCAAACAUCUCACCUCCGAAUGGGAAACCCUUCAGGCUCUAUCCCGCGAUGCUCGCAGCAGCUUGGAGUCUUGCCUGGCCGCCUGGCAGACCUUCCUGCAGAAGUUCAACAAGAUCAACCUUUGGAUCGAAACGAUGAGCAAGCGCGUUACCAAAUCCCAGGAAGGCGAAAACAAGACCCCCGAAGAUUUGGUUAAUGCCAAGAAACUCCUUGAGGAAGUGCUGGCCGAAAAGGAUAAUGUGGAGGAUCUGAACGAUAACUGCGAGUUGCUUAUGGAACAGAGUGCAUGCACUCGCAUUCGUGAUCAGACCAUCGAAACUCAGGCCAACUAUACCAAGCUGUUGACUUCCGCUCAGGGAUUGGUCGCCAAGAUCGAGAAGAACCUGUCCGAUCACACUGAGUUCCUCAACUACAAGAAGGAAAUGGACGCCUGGAUAGAGAAGGCCCAACAGGUUCUUGACGAUUGCUCCACCGAUGGUGAUGCUGCUAUCAUUGCCCAGAAAUUGGAUACCGUCAAUUCUUUGGCUUCUCGUUUGCCCGAGGGUCAGCAUCUAUUGGCCUUGGUGCAGGAUGCCUACUCGAAAGCGUCUAACAUCACACCCGAGGAUAAGCAGGAGAAGUUACGGGAUCUGAUGGCCAAGGUCCGUGAGGAUUGGGAUGCCCUGGGUCUGGCGGUCAAGCAAAAGUUGACCGAUCUGAAGCAGGCUCAAAAUCGUUGGAACGACUUUGCUGCCAACAAGGACAAGCUGGAGAAGUGGCUGAAUGAAACCGAGAAGACUCUAAAGGUGGCACCGGAAACCAAGGGAGAACUGAGCGAAAUGAAGACCCUGCUGGAGCGCUACAAGACCCUUUCGAAUGAACUGAAACAGAAGGGCAAUGACCUGGAUCAGUUGCAGUCGGAGGCUCGUGAUUUAGGCACCGAGGUGGAUGCAGUGAAUCGCUUGCAAUCCCGUUGCGAUAAGCUCAAGACAGAGUGCGCAGCUCACAUUGCCUCGCUGGAACAGGAGAUGUUCGACUAUAAUGCCUAUCACCAGAGUUUGCAGGAUGUGGAGAAGUGGCUGUUGCAGAUCUCCUUCCAGCUGAUGGCCCACAAUUCGCUGUUCAUCUCGAAUCGCGAACAAACGCAGGAGCAGAUCAAACAGCACGAGGCCUUGUUGGGUGAAAUUCAAAAGUAUCAGACCAACUUGGAUGACUUGAAUGCCAAGGGUCAGGCGCAGAUUAAGCGCUACGAGAACUCAACUCCGGCCAUUCGCCCCACAGUCGAGUCUCAGCUGAAGAACAUCCAGGACAGCUACAACUCUCUGUUGCAAACCUCUGUGCAAAUCAAGAACCGCCUGUUGGAAUCGCUGGCCAAGUUUCAAGAAUACGAGGACACUUUGGAUAGCAUUAUGCGUAACCUGGAGACAUACGAACCCAUUAUCCAGACCGAACUUGAUGCCCCGGCAACAAGUCUGGAAUUGGCUCAAAACCAAUUGAGAUGUGCUCAGGAAAUGCAGAAUAAGUUGAACAACGAGAAGUCCCGACUGGCAGCAGCCGUUCAGGCUUGUGAAGCAGCCACUGCCUCCAUAAGUCGUCCCAGUUCUCCGCUGGAAACCGCCAUGCAGGCCAUUCCCGAAAGGGAGCUCAUUGUGCGCGCCAAGCUGGAGGAUCUGCUGGAUCAGGUGCAAUCCCACUUGGGUGGUUUGACUGCAUCCGUUAGCGAACUGGAGCAACAGCAGAAGCAGCGCGCCGAGCUGCAAGAUUGGGUUAAGAAGCAGCAGAGCUCUGUCUCGGAUUGGAUGAUGCGUCCUUGCAAACUGCGCCCAGAGGCAGCUCAGCAGGAGCUGGUGUCCAUGAACGAUUUGUUGAACUCCAUUGGAGACAAACGAUCGCAAUUGAUGCUGGAAAUGACAGGAUCAUUGGGCGAUGAAGACACCGAUCUGGAUGACAACAUUGACAAACUGGAGUCGGAACUCAUGGAUGCCAUUGCCAAGAAACAGGCUGGCCAGAAUGUAAUCGAUGGCUAUCGCCAGGGAAUGGCUGAUGUCCAGAACUGGUUCGAUACCCUGAUCAAACGCAUGGACGUUCUGGAUCGAGGUUCUGGUUUGAAUUGUGCCCAGAAGACGGCGGCCAUUAAUGAGAUCAAGAACGAAUACGAGCUGCAGGGUCAUCCCAAGAUUCAAGAGCUCAAGGGCAAGGCUUCGCAGGUGGCGGAGGUCAUCAGCAAUCUGGAUGGUCAGCAGGUAGAAGAACAAAUGAAGUCCCUGGAUCGUCGUUUUGCCGAUCUUGGCAAGCGCAUCGAUCGCAAGGCCCAACUCCUGGAUGUUACCAACAAGGGAGUGGAGGGAGCCAAGGGCGAGAUUGAUCAGCUCCAGAAUUGGGUGAAGCAGCAGAUCGAAGAGCUGCAGGCCCCCACUCCAUUGGGCUAUACGCCCAAGGAUGCCGAAGCGCGCCAGCAGAAGAUCAAGAGCCUGAUGAAGGAUGCCGAGGCCAAGCAAUCCCUGGCCGAUGUCCUGGAGAAGCGCGUGGCCAACAUGCAACAGGAGUUGGAACCCGUUGAGUAUUCCCAGCUGGAGUCCGCAUUGCGUAAUCUCAACUCUGAGAACCGCAAUCUAUCGGGAGUCCUCAAGGCGGAAUUGGAUCGUGCUCUGGAGGCCAGCAAGGCUCGUAAAUCCCUGGAGAACGAUCUGGACAAGGCCCGCCAAUGGUUGAAGACUAAAAUCUCUGAGGUGCGUAAGCUGCCUGUUUAUCAUCCACUCACCUCCACUGAGAUCGAGAAGAAGAUCCAGGAGAAUCGGAAAUACGAUGACGAUGCCAAACAGUUCAACGACAGUGUUUUGACCGAUGUUCAGCGUCAAGCUGCCAACAUAAUGAAGGAUUGCGAUGAUGCCGAUAAGGCUGCACUGCAGCAGAUUUUGGAUGAAAUCGCCGCCGAUUAUCAAACCCUAAAGGAUGAGAGUAACAAGCGAGGAAAGUCCCUUGAUGAUCUCCUGCAGGGUCGCAAGGCCUUCGAGGAUUCGAUGAAGAACAUGGGCGAUUGGUUGAACGAAAUGGAAACCGCCACCGAAGGUGAGCUGCGUACCACUAGUCUUCCUGUUUUGGAAGAGCAGUUGGCCCACUAUAAGAAACUCCUAAAUGAUGCGGAGAACAAGGGCGGUCUCAUCAACGACGUAUCCGAACAAGGAAAGAGCAUCCUACCCACUUUGAGCAAUGCCGAUAAACUGAAACUCAACGAUGAUAUCAAGAACAUGAAGGAUCGUUAUGGCAGGAUCAAGAAUACCAUCGAUGAUCGCGUGACUGCCCUGGGUGAUCACAUCAAGAAGUACAAGGAUGCCAAGAGCAGGUUGGCCGAUUGCAGUCAGUUCUUGGGCACCAUUCAGCAGAAACUCAGGGAACUUAAUCGCCCCAUUGGCUCGAGGAUUGAAGAUGUCCAGGAUUUGUUGGGCGCCUAUGAGGGAAUCCUCAAGGAACUCAAGGAUAGCAAGAGCAAGAUGGGCGAUAUGCAAAUGGACGAUUUGCCAGAGCUGCAGAGCAUUCUGGCCCAGCAGGAUGAUAUGAUCAAACUGAUUGAAGAUCAGUUGGCCCAUCUGCGCCAGCUCCUCCUGCUCCGCGAACAGUUCAUCGCUUUGAUCAAUGAGAUCAUUGCCUUUAUAAUGAAGUACACUGAUGUUAUUAUUGAUAUUGAAAACUCACCUGAUAGUCUGGAGGAUAAGAUCAAUAAGUACGAUGAUGUCAUUGUGAAGAUUCAAGAGUGCGAGGGUGUCCUGGCCUCGGCCAAUGACAAGGGCCAGAAGAUCGCCUCCGAGGGCAAUGCUGCCGAUAAGAACAGCAUUACCGAGCAACUGCAAUCCCUGAAGAAUCAGUUGCAGAAUCUCCGCAAGGCGGUGGAAUCGCAGCGCCAGAAGCAUCAGCUGCAGCUGGAAUCCCACAAGAAGAUGGCCGCCGAGCUGAGCGAAAUCCUUGAUUGGCUGCACAGCCAUGAAGGAGCUGCCAAGUCUCGUCCUCUGCUGGAUCGGGAUCCCGAAUCCGUGGAACGGGAGCUGCAAAAGCACCAGGGACUCAGCCAGGACAUUGAAUCGUAUCUGAAUAAAUUCAACAAAAUCAAUGAUGGUGUCAAGACCGAAAUUGGCAUGCCAAGCUCCCUGUUGGAAAUGCUUUCCGAGGGUAGAUCCCUGGUUGCCUCCCUGCCCCAUGAACUCGAGGAGCGUGAGAAGUAUCUGAAGAACAACCGCGACUCACGUUUAGAGUACAUGCAGCUGGUGGCCAAGUUCAAUGAUUGGGUCCACGAGGCCGAGUUGCGUCUGCAGAACAGCCAGCAUGGCAUCGACUACGAGCACCUGGUCCAGGAUCUCGAUGAACACAAGAUCUUCUUUGGCAACGAGGCUCCCAUCCGCAAUCUGGUGCACAAGCAGAUCCAAGAAGCCGCCGACAAGAUCUGGUCUUCGCUGAACAACUACGAACAGUCGGAACUUUCGGCGGAGUUGGCUCAGUUCCAGACCAAGUUAACCAAUACUUUGGCCAAUGCCAAGACCCAGCAAAGCGAAUUGGAGAAGGAGGCGGAGCGCUGGCGGGAAUACCAGCAGUCCAUCGAUCGCGUAAAGGCCACCAUCGAACGUACCAAGUUCAGCGAUGAGCCUGUCCAGAAUUUGGCCGGUCUGCACUUCAACAUCCAGAAGCUGUCCCACGCCAUUGGAAAUGUUCAGAGCCAGAAUAGCGAUCUAACGCUAGUCAACCAGCAGGCCCAAUCGCUCAUCCGGCAGGCCGACGCCCGAAACCGCCAGCUGAUCGAGCAGGAUAACGCCGGACUGAACAGAUCCUGGCAGGAUCUGGUCCGCGGCCUGGAGCAGCGACGCGACAACCUGCAACAGUUGGCCGAGCAUUGGGACGGCUUCGAGAACAGCCUGCACGCCUGGGAAAAGGCACUUGGUCGACUGGAGGACAAGUUCCGCAAUGUCGAUCCGACUGUAAGAUCCCGACGUCACUUGGAAGAUACGAAGAAUGCCAUUCAGGAACUGCGUGAAGAAUCAAAUCAACUUAAAUCAUCACAUAAAGAAAUCGAGGCGCUCUCUAAAUCCAUCCUCACAUUCCUUGGGGAAGUACACAAACCCUCGGCGGAGGCCAUACAGGCCAAAGUGGAUAAGUUAGUCGAACAGCAGGCCAAAUUGAACGACACUCUGCGCGAUAAGGAGCAACAGGUUAGCAAGGAUCUCGAGGAGAUCGAGCAAGUCUUCCGUCGCAUUUCGCAGCUACAGGAUAAGCUAAACGCUCUACACGAUCAACUACAAUCGGUUCACGUCUACGACGAGCACAUCUCGCAAACAGAACAGCUACUGAUCACAUUGAACAGCCAGGUGCAACAGGCCUCCGAGGAGAGCAAGUCACUGGUGGCCCAGACGACGGCCCACUACCAGGCCAAGCAGAAUCAGCUGCCCAACGACAUUGCCCAGGAGUUCACAGCCCUAGAGCUGCUGGCCGAGCGUGUCCAGGUGACAAUGGAGACCAAAGAGAAGGAUUUCAAGCGGGCCAAGACCGUGCGCACCGAGUAUGUGGCCGGUGUGGAUGAGAUCCAGCGCUGGCUGCUCCAGGCCGAGGUGCAGGUGCAGGAGCGCAGCCUCACGCCCACACAGAUGAAGGAGCUGCUGCAGCGCAUCAACCAAGAGAUCACCGCCAUCUACGAACGCUUCACCCUGGUCAAGACCAACGGUCAGCUGAUCAUCGAGAAUUGUCGCAACAGCGAGGAGAAGACGCUGGUGCAGACGACCAUCGAUCAGUUGGCCGCAUCGCUGGCCCAGGUACGCGGCUGGCUGGACGAGAAGAAGCAGGCGGUGGGCGAUAGCCUGGAUGCAUGGACGAGGUUCAUGAACCUCUACCAGAUCGUGAUGUCGUGGGCUGCGGAGAAGCGCACCUUCAUCGAUCAGACCAUCGAACUGCGCACCCUGCCCGAAGCGAGGAACAAACUGAACGACUAUGUGACGGCUGUGAAGAGUAUUAAACCGAUUGUGAAGCAUCUGAGCGAAAUGGACAAGGAACUGGAGCACAUUGGCCAGGUUACGACUGUGGGCGAUCUCAAGGACAAACUGCAGGAGGCCGAGGAUGCGAAGAUAUCCGUGGAAGCGGUGCUGCUAGAGAGGAACUCCCUGCUGCAAGAGGCCUGCGAGGAAUGGGACCAAUGUGAACGCAAGAUUAAGGAUAUACGCACCUGGCACGAGAAGACGAAGCAGAGUCUGGACUCCUCGCAGCAGCAAAAGAAACCGCUGCGCGAUCAGCUCGGCUUCUGUGAGAAGACCCUGGCCGACAUUAAUGUGCAGAAAACGAAACUUAGACUGUCCAUCGAGAAACUGGAGGUUCAUUUCCGCAACGGCAUGGGCGGUGAUCCCCGGCUGAGCGAGAAUGUCGAUGAUCUGGUGCGCGUGCUCGACGGCCUGGGUGAAUUGGUCAAGGCCAAGUCACAGAGCCUCGAGCAGACGCUGGCCCAGAUCGAUGUUUACCAGCAGCAGAUGCAGACCCUGCGCCAGCGCAUCAUCCAGGAGGAGCAGCAGCUCCGCCUGGUGAUGGCGCCCACGUACUUGCCGCACGAUCGCGAGCGCGCAUUAGCCGAGCAACAGGCAAUGCGAGAAUCUAUCGAUGGCAUGCAGCAAGUCUACGAUGCGACCGCUCGAAAGUCCUAUGUGCUGGAUCCCCAUUCAGUAGUGACCACUUCAUCGACUGUCUCGUUGCUUAUGAAGCCAACGGCGGCAGUGGGUCUGACCUAUGCUGAAGUGUUGUCAGGACAUGCGAGUCCGGUAAGCGGCGGUAAUGAACCGGUAACAAAUCCCCGACCAGAAAGAGACCCAUCUACAACGACAACGACCCGGCAGCAACAAACGAACGAUACUCAGAACCAGACAACUAUCACAACUGUUACGACAACCACAACCAAGACUUCAAGACGUACGAACGGGGAUGAGGCCCAAAGCCAGGAGCGAUUUGAGUUCAAUGGCGGCGGUAGCACUAUUUCCACGGCGAUCUAUGAACGCCAACAACAGGUUACACCACCCAGCAGCGACAAUACCCCAACCUCAGUUCCUAGCACAACGACAACGACAACCAACAACCCCAACACUCAGUUCAUCGAAAGCGAGCAGAAGCACCAACCUCAGGCGAAACCCGGUAAGAAACUUCAACCUCCGCGGCCAGAACGAAGAGGUCGUUCGCCUAGACGACGACCUCAAACUCAACAGGAACCCCAAGCGCCACCACAACCCGCAAUCGAGAUUCAAUUGGAGCAGCAACCACAACAACAGGAACAACUCUUCUUGCCUAUUGACGACCGGACUAGAUCUCGUAGCCCCAUGUGGGUACCCGGAUCGACUUCCUAUGCCGAGGUCCUGCGAGGUCUGGAACUUGAGCGCCUCAAGGCCGAACAGCUCGCCGCCCAGGCAGUUCAAGGCCGCACGGAUCUUACUAUUCAGGAUGUGGUGGAUGCCAGCGCAGCGGUAGUCUCGGGCAGUAUUUACGUACCCGAACCUGAACCAGAGCCGAUCAAGAAUGCGCAACAGCAACCACAGCUGGAACAAUACAUCAGUGAAACGACCACAGAGCUUGAUUAUUCUUCCCCGCAGCAACAGCAGUUGCAGCAACAGCAACCAUUACUGCAACAACAGUCGAAAUCCCUCAGCAAUUACGAAGUGCCUAUGACAGCAGAAGAGAUUGCAGCCACCUACUUGCAGCCCGAUCCGCAGUUGUACCAGACAAUGUACGAGAACGUAGCCGAUAGUGGUCAAUGGGGUUAUGUGACAGGAUCUACCACAGAGCCGCAGCAGCAGCAGCAGACGCAACAGAACUAUUACGAGCAGAUUAUGCAGAUGCAGUAUCCCAUACAGUAUCAGCAGGUUGCUGUGCCGCCAGCGACAACGCAAUAUCAGCUUUUGACAGGCUACUAUCAGCCGGUGCCUCAAACCGAACCCUACUCCACGGUUUACCCCGCUGAUCCAAAUCAGGUUUACUAUACCCAGCAAACGACUGAGUAUACGCAGGAAUACCCACAACAACAACAGCAGCAACCCGAACCUUUGCAGGAAUACCAGCAGGAAACGGUAGAGCAGACCUAUCUUAUUGACCCCUACUCAACUACGGGCAACAGCGUGCUGGAUCGCGUUGUUACCACGUUGGCAUCUAUGGUUCAACAGAGUGCCACAGAGCCUCUGACCACCAGCACCCAGCAAAUCCAACCGGAGGUAGUCCAGAGCGAGCCGUACUACAUUGAAGAGCAUGUUCACAUGCUGCGACCUGUAGAACCACAGGAGUUUGAGCUGGACGAACCGCGACCGGAUAUUACUUUUGGUCAGUUUGAUGUUGAUGCUAUCGAAACCAUACCGUUGGAUGAGCCACAAGGUCCGCAGUCCCUGGUCGAGCCUCAGCUCCAAGGGCAAUCUCAACCUGAUAUUACGACAACCAGCUACGUAACAGAGACCACAAUUGUCUCCGAACAGAUACAGCCAACUGUGAUAUUGCAGCAGACUCAGGAAGUCGUCGCAGAAGCACCAAAACUUCCGGAAGUUCCAACAACGGUCACGGUCCUUCCGCAGCCUCAGAGGCGAAGCCAUAAACAGGUCCGGCCCCAGGACAUCAGCACAGGCAGCACUUACGCCGAAGUCCUUUUCGGUCUCCAGCACACAGAACAUCCAGUUUUCCAGCCAUCCAGUCAGCAACCGACCCCAGUGCGCCUUACGUCCUCGCCGCCCUUGCAGCGCAAGCCAGAUCAGGCUACAAUCAGUACUACUACCUUUACUAAUAGAACCAAUCAGCAAACUAGACAUGUCGAUAAAUCUCCAACAUGGGAACGCAAGAUUGAGAAUGUUGAGUCGCGCACAUCCCGUACAAAGAGAGUAAGACACGAACCUCAACCAGAACCAUUGCCGAUUAGGCAGAGUACUAGAAAAGAUGGUAAGUCGGGUAAGAAAUCCCAGUCACCCGAUAGAAAUGGUGUAGCUUUGGUAGAGAGCAAACCAGUUGUUGAUGUGCCGAUUCCCAAUCCGGUGGUUAAAGAGGCUUCUAAACCAGAGCCAAAGCCAAGAAAAUCAAAGAAGCAGAUGAAGUCUACCGACAGUGAGGCCAUACCAAUUGCUCAGCCAAAUGAUGACCCAGCUACCGCAAUUUCAGUCCCACCUAAAAAGGAUAAAAAACAGACCCUGCCUGUUUUGGAGAAAAAGGAAACGGUGGUGGAGACAACUGUGAUAAAGAAAGUAAUUGAACCUGCUGUUGAGAUCAAUCAGCGAACGGAAACAGCUCCAGCUCCAUUAAAGAGAGAUAAGAAACAAAAACCUGUCAAGGAAAAGGAAGUACCGGUUGUUGAAGUGGCACCAGUCGCUCCAACCAGAAAGGAAAAGAAGCAAGCUAAAACGGUUGUUCAGGAGGUUGAAAACACCAAGUCCAAUGAACCUAUCGUUGAAACGGUAGUUUUGAAGCCAGCUGUGGUUGAACAUAAAUCUGUUGACGUAAAGCAGGAAAAGAAGCAAACGAAAACUGUUGUUGAGAAGGUAGUUGAAAAGGAGAUAGUCCAACCCGCUGAUGAAAAGCCUCUGACUCCAGCUGCACCUUCAAAGAAGGACAAGAAAAAGUCCAAGCCAGUUGUGGAGCAAGAGGUCAGCAAGAAGCCUGUUGAGGCUGUUGUUGAAAGGGAAGUUGCUCAGCCAGCUGUGAUUGAGACAAAGGAUGUUAUUCCGACUAAGGAGCCUCAAGGUACUACCACCUCGUUCAAAAAGGAAAACAAACAGUCCAAAACGGUUGUGGAAACCUCUGUUACCAUCACAGGAAACGUAGAGCCAGUUGUUCAGCCAGAUGUUACUCCUGCAGUACCCACAAAGAAGGACAAAAAGCGUUCUAAGAAGGAAGCUAAACAGGAUGACGUUCAAAUUAUUUCAGUACCAGUGGAAUCUACUGCUGCGGAUACUAAGACAACGAAAGCGACAGAAACCAUUACCAUUGAGAGUCCUGUAGUAACUGUGCCUAUAAUUUCUGUUCAGGAUUCAGUUGAAAUUGCCGAGCCGUCAAAACCAAAUUCUGAAAAAAUUCCAGAGCAAGAACACGUGAUUCAAUCUGAAAACGUUUCCUCAGAUUUCGUAAUUACUGCUACGGAAGCUGUUAAGAUAUCGUCAAAGGACAGUACAGCUCCUGUUGAGAUGGCCCCGGCAGAUAUUACUGAGACCAUUAUCGAAGGCGAGCCCACGGUAACUACAUCAACUAACACAAUCUCAACGGAAAGUGGAACUACUACCAUCACAACGCGAACAAUAACUAAGCACAUUACCAAGCGCAUAGUAAAGCGUAUUGUAGAUGGUAAGGAGGAGAUUGUAGAGGAAGAUGUAAUUGAUGAUUUGCCUGAAGAGAACAUCUCAGUUGAGCAAUACAACUUACCAACUAUUGAAACUACUAGCGAGGUGCCCAUUGAUGUGACUGGAUUCUCUACAACACAGGACACAAUAGUGCAGCAGGGAUCGAUAACUAAGACUGUUAUUACAAAGACAAAGCGAAUCCUGAAACGCAUUACCGAAGACGGUGAGGAAAUAGUUGAGGAGGUCUUUGAAGAUGAACCUGAGGUGGAACGUGAUGUAACACUACUGCCUACCACAGUGGUGACAUCAUUGGAAGUUAUAAAGGACGCUGCCCAAAAUGUGGUUGAAGAAGUUUUAAAACAAGCUGAGGAAAUAACGCAUCCCGAAUCGCAGAAAGUUAUCCAGGAUAAAACAGUUGAGGUGGAAAGAGUUUCUGUACCAGAAGUAAACACUGAGGAAGUGAAUGUGAUUAAAACUGAGAAGGAGCUAAACAAGCCGCAAAAGCCUUCCAGAAAGGAUAAAAAGAAGCAAGUGAAAUUGGAGAGCGAGCCAGAAACUCCCAUUGAGCAAAAGGUUGCCGAGAUUGUCGACCCACAACUAGAAAUCACAGAGCCCCUGAACAUAACAAGUGCAACAACGGAUAAUGAUCAAAAGCUUUUGUCUGAGCAAACCAUUGUCAGCGAAGAUAGCGGUCUUAUUAAGACGACAGUUACCCGUACAACCAAAAUCGUUAAGAAAAUUAGCAACAGUCAACAGGAAAGCCAGGAGAUGACCUCUUCGACGUAUUCCGAUGCACCAUCAUCUCUGGGAUCUUACGAUUUGGCAGAAGAAGCUAUCGAACCUCCCAAGGUAGAAAAAUCGGAGACGAAUAGCCGUGAAAUAAGCGAUGAGGGCGUAGUCAGAACAACUAAAACUACAACCACCAAAACCAUCAAAUCUCCCAAGGUGGAAGAAGCCCAAGUGGAACAAGCAUUGAAUAUUGAAUCACCAGUAGUUGUUGAUGAGCCUGAGGAAGGCGGUGUGAUAAAAACAACUAUUGUGCGUACUACCAAAAUCGUUAAGAAAAUUUCACAAGAAUGCGAAAAUAUCAGCGAGACCAGCAGUGAAGCUGAGAUUUCCCUGCCCAUUGUCGAGACAGUCUUGCAAGACGCUCCGGUUGUAGCCGAAUCGGUUACAACCGAAUCAAACAGCGAGGGCAUAACUAAGACCACAACUACACGAACAACAAAGGCUGUGACCAAGAUUGUGAGCGAAACUGAAGAUGAAACUUCACACCUACCGGAUGUUCCUGUGGCCCCUAUUGUCGUGGAAUCCGUAGAACUCCCAGAAGUUCCUAACGUCCCUAUUGGCAUGGAGAAUACGCUUCUGAUCACAGCUACAUCUAUUGUUCCGAAGGCUAGUAAUGUAAAGUCUACAGUUGUAGACUUUAUUACGGCCGAACAGAAUGCCGCUGAAAAAUAUACUAAGCCCCAAAAUAUCGUUGCUGAGCUUCCGGUUAUCGAGGAACCUAAUAAUUUGGCUACAAUUGAAGAAAUUUCGGUGCCUGAGCCCGAAAUUUCAGAGGUUGGGGAUGUUGUCAAGACUACAAUUGUUCGAACAACGAAAAUCGUCAAGAAGGUUUCACAAAACGCGGACCAUAAUGUUGUCGCUAACCUUCCCAAUGCGGACAUCGAGAAAUCAGAAUCUCUUGAGCCUGUGGACGAGGCGGUCAGUGGUGGUGUAACCAAGACAACAACUGUGCGUACUACGAAGAUUGUGAAAAAGCUAAAUGAAGACGGUGAAACGACCACGGAGGAGACAAGCACCGCCAGUGAACCAGUGACAGUACGUGAAGCUUCGCCAACUAUUUCGGAAGUCCCGAGCGAAACUUCAACCACAUCGAGUCAAAUUGACGGUGCAAUUAUUAAAACUACGACGAUACGAACGAUGCGAAUCACAAAGAGGAUAUCCAAUGACGGACGCAUUCUUCUAACAGAGAGCGAGACACCAGGAGAUGUCAUCGUGACCUCAAGCAUUGAGAUGCCCGAUCAGAGACCAUUUAGUCCGGCUGUUUCCUCGCGUUCAACCUCCCCUUCUGUAACGCCUACUACCGAACUUAAACUAGAUAGCCUGGGUUCAAACAUACAGUUAGGAUUGAAGGACAGUCCGACUGGGGUCAAAGUUAUUGGCAUCGAAACAAGCACUGUCGAGCUGCCGAAGCUUGGUGAACAGCAAUACGCUGCAAACAAGACUAAUGGGGCCAUUAAUGAGACGGAUAGUAUUACCACUACUACGACGACUACCAAGAACACGAUACUCACGACUACACAACGACGAAGCUUCGAAACCGAAGAUGGCACAAAUGUUCUUUUCGUGGGAGAAGGCAUUGACGGUGCAUAUCCACCGGGCACAGUUCAAAAGAUAUCCCUGAUUACCCAUGAAGAGAAACUGAAGACACCUAUUGUGAAAAUGCAUCUUGAUUUUCCGGAGGUUAGUCUUCGUGUGACCGAGACUGUGACUGAAAAUGUGGAAUCCCUGCAAAGAACAGCCGAAAGUAGGGAGAAUACCGUGAUUGAAGUUGUCGAGUUGUCUAAAUCUGAAGUCCCAGAAGCAGUAGAACCCAAACCAGAUCCUAUUCCGCAUAUACCCGAAAAAUCUACCCAAUCAGAAGAACUAGUCAAUAUCCCAGAAGUGUCCCAAUCAGCUAUCCCUGAAAGUAGCUCUGCAGAAUUAAGCCCCGAAGAGCAAAAGCUUUUCGAGGACAUUCAGAAAAAACUUUCCAAAAAGGAUAAAAAGAAACGUCCCGCUAUUCCAGAAGAGUUCAUAAAACAAGAAACAGUUCAGGUUAUUGUAGAGGAAAGUAAAGGUAAUGAUGCUAUUUAUGUGCCCUCUCUAGUUGACGAAAAAACCAAUGCAGUUGAACCCUUAGUUAAGCAAAACGUGACUGCUCAGAAUGUUAUCCAGGACGAGUCCUUGAUCUCUAGAGUCAAAUCAAUUGAACAUACUAAGGCAGAUGUUAUUUAUCAAGAGUCCAUAGUAGAAGUUGCGCCAGUUUCCAAAACUCCUUCUGUUCCAACCAAAGAAGAAAUACAGGGCGAUAUUCAGACAAGACCUAUUCCAGAAUCUGAGAGAUUGCUUUGCAAUAUUUCUCAAGACUCGUCUCUAAUCUCCACCGUCAAGAUAAUCGAGCAAACCAAGUCAGACAAUCUUUAUCAUGAGUCUAUAAUUGAAGUUGUCCCUGUUCCCCCUCAAGAAGAAGUGCCAGUAAAAAUUCCAUGCGAAACUCAGUCAAAUCCUGCUCCUACUAAUAUUGCUAAUCCAAUUGUUCCUGCUCAACCAAGCGCAUUACUUGCUGAAGCAUUUGUGGCUAACACGGAACUAAUUACGCAAGAACUCGACGAACUGCUACAAUCGCUUUCGAGCGUCGAGGAUGGCAUCGUCAAUAUGAACCAGAGCAGCCUGGAGGGCAUGCUAGAGGGAUUGAAGCUAAUCCAAAGCAAUCUCGAAGUACAUGAAAGGGACGCCAUCGAGUUGAAGGCCCAGGCGAAGAAGUUACCCACGGAUCCGGCAACGGAGCGUUUGCUUAACGAGACCGUGGAUCGCAUCGAUUUGCUACUACGCCGCACUCAGCAAGGCAUCACCAUGAUAGCGAAUGCUAUGCAUGGCCAGAAGAAGCGUCAGCAGGAGAUUGACGAGUACCAGCAACAUCUGCUGGAACUGGAACGCUGGAUCAUCGAGGUUUCCGCCGAGCUGGCUUCCUUCGAAACCACUUCGGAUAGCAGCACGGAUGAGCAGGUGCUUAAGUCGCAGGUCGAGAGGAGCCAGCAACUGCUGCGCACCCUCAAGGAUCGCCAGCAGUCCAUGGAGGAUUUGGUGGAUCAAACGCGACACCUGCAAUCGCAACCCGAUGUUGCUCCCUUGGCCGACACGCUGAUGGAGCAGCUGCAGAGCAUCAUUACCAUUCUGCGGGAACAGGUCACAGUGGCCACCAAGCGCAUCUUUACCAUCGAGAAGCGCAUCGUGGAUUUGCGAAAGGCGAAGAGCGACGAAGUCCAACGGCAGCGUGUGCUGGCUGAUUCACUCAUCAAGCCACCAACGGAAGUUCCAGAGGCGAGCCCAGAGGCGCAUGAAUCCAUCGAGUCCAACGAGAACACCAUCGACUCCAGUUCCAUGCCCGAGGAGGAGAUCAAACCAAGUGGUGUGUAUGUGGAGACACAGACAUCGCUUAGCCUGCAGCAGCCCCCAGUUCGGGAGGUGACCACCACCACUGUGGAGGCGCAGACCAGCUUCAAGGAGCCCGCUGUGGAAACCGCUGAGGUAGCUCUUCAAACACAAAAGGAGCGCUCGCCCACCGAGAAUAUUAUGGUUACCCAGACUGUGCAGCAUGGCCAGGAGACCAUCCAGAUCGACACCACUCGCAACAAGGGUGUGCCUGAUGUGCCCGAAGACGUCCAGAUUGAGGCUCGCUAUCAUCAGCGACCGCAGGGCGAUGUGGAUCGUGCCACAGAGCUGAUCCUGAAAAAUGUACCUCAAGCAUUCGAGACCACUUUCGUGGAACCAGAUGAGACCACCACCGAAGUAAUUGUGGGACCCGAUGGCACUAAGCAUAUUGUGCUCAAGAAAGUCACUCGAACCCGCCAACAGAUUGUGCAGCAGCAGCAGAUCAGCUCCAUUGAGACAAUCAGCGAUUCGGAUGGCAACAUUGAGGUGCACUCCACGGGUCAGAUAAACCUGGAGAAUGUACACACCACGGACACCAAGGCUGACCCCGAAGACGGCAGUGUCCACACUGUAAUCACACAGCAAACACGUGGUGCAGUUGUAGAUUCAUCUCAGCCCGAGGGUGUGAUCCUGCAGGAAUUCGAAACUGAGCCCACCAUUGAGACUUACGAGGAAGUGAUUGCUCCUGGAUCCCAGGCACAACUGAUUCCCAUGCAGCCCGGCGAUAUCCAGACCCAAGGAACCAUCCGAGCAGUAGUGCAGCAGGUGACCCGCAAGGUGAUCCGUAAGACGCGAAAGAUCAUCAAGCGCGUUGUGAUCAUCGACGGAAAGGAGCACAUCACCGAGGAGGUGGUCGAGGAGCCAGAGGAGAUUGAGAUCACCGAGGAAGAGACAGCCCCGCAUAUUAACGUGAAUAUUGUGCGAACUGUUGACGGCAAAGUGGUAAGCGAGGAGGAGUUCCAGCGUUUGAUGCAGGAACCCGGCGUUGUCAUCGAAGAAGUUGCCACGGAUCUGUGCAAGCCAACAGCAGAACCGCAGCAACAGGUAUUUGAUAUUGAGUCUAACCAAGUCACCACCACCACAAGAACAACAAUAGCAACCACACAAGAACAACAAGAACAAGAACAGCCAGAACAACAGACACCACAACCAACAACAACAGAAACGACUAAAGAAGCACCUGUAGAGUUGCCAGCACCUCAAGUAGAUGUUGAACAACCCGUAGAAGUUGCCACUACCAGUCCCGUUCAUGUUCCAACAGCGGAUGUAGCUGAACCCAAAGACUCCUCAGAUCCAGUCAACCAAGCAGUCAUAGAUGUCGAAACAGUGGUUGAAGAUAUCAACGAAAUUUGGCCACUGGAACAUCAUCUCAAACCCACCAACAUAGACUUCUCCCAGCACAUCGAAGAAUUGGCAGCACCAGCAACCACAGCAGAGACUGAAGCCUCCAUGCCAGUAGAGGAGAUUUGGCCAACCAGUCCAGAAACGGGCAACUCAUUGACCCUGGAGCACUACGAAUUCGAGCCACAAUCACCUCGUGAAGAGAGCACAAAAUCUGAAGAAGCUAAGCCAGAAGAGACUGAACCGGAAUCUGCUACUGAGAUUAAGCCAGAGCCUAUUACCACUGGAAGUAUUACCAUAACCAAGACUACAACCACCAUCACGAGUUCUACGGAAUUGCCAAAGGAAAGUAUUAUACAGGAUUUAAUUGCAGAAGAAUCACAGCAUACUGAAUCCAAGACCAAGAGUGACAUUCAGAGUUUCCUGGAAGCCGAACAGAGUCUCUCCGCAGCCCUAAAGGAACAAUCUUCAACGCCGACUGAAACUUCAGUUGUUGAAGUUGUUCAAACUCAGCCUGAGGAAAUUGUGGUUGAAGAAAAGACUGUAGAGAUUUCCUCCAUCAAGACUGAAGAACAACAACCAGAGCCUGUUUCACUGGAGGAGGUUGAACCAGUGCCUGUAGAAUCUGAACCAGUACAGCCCCAACAGAAACCAGAGGUAGUGACAGUAAUUGACACACUCGAGAAGACUGAACAAAAGCCAGAAGAACCCUUCAUUGAGAAACAGCCAGCUCCUGGUCAAAUCGAUCUGCGUGCCGCCACUCAACUCUUCAUCUCUGGAGAGGCUGCAGCUUCAACUGCUUCACAAAAGACCUUCCAAAUCACCGCACCCUCCCUGGAGGACAAUGGUGCUGGUGUGCUGAAGGUUGUCCUGGGCAAGGAAAGCACCACCGAGGAAGAGACCACAGUUCCGACCACCGGCAAGGUUAGCAUGACCAUCAUUGAGACAUCGGCUGCUCCCGUCGCUGACGCCAAGCGGCGUCGAAAGAGAAAGAAGAGAAGAGAUACAAAGCACGAGGAGGAGCUUGAGCAAGAACCAGAACAAGAGAUUGAGCCGGAGGCAGUGGAAGUGUUCGUUAAGGAGCCUGAAGUUGACUCAGAAGUGCCCGUUUCUCCGGAGGAUUCACCACGUGACACCGUGCGCCAUGAGUCUAUUGUUGAGAUCAGUCCCGAUAGCGAUUUGUCCAGCAUAGAAAUUGACUCGAAGGUCAAGGUGGUGGAAGAUGCUGUCGUCUCUUCGCCCUCGGAAUCGCCAAGGGCGCCCCUGGUUGAACUGGUUAUUCCCACUGAAGUUGUGGAGCUGGCAUUGGUGGAAGAUGAGGAGCAGCAGACCACACCGCGUGUUCCUUCGCCCGCUGAAAAAUCCGAAGUUGAGCAGGAUAUUAAAUCCGUGCAGACUUCUCCACAGCAUCAACCCAAACUGGAUGAGACUGCAGUGCAGACGAGCCUGGAGGUUCAACCAGAUAACCAGGAGAACGAAUCGCAAACCUUGAUUGUAGAGAUUACGGAGACAGAGGCACAAACCACUCCCCGAAGCGAGGACAAACCAGUGGCAGUCGAGAUAACCACCACCGAGAUUCAAACCGAUGUGAGUGGCCAACCAGCGGAAACUGUAGAGAUUUCAAGCCAAACUACCGUGACCACCACCAUCGAAAAGGAACUGCAGACCACUCCGAAGGAUUCGCCUCGCGCAGCAGAGCCAGGCAGCAGUGAUGUGGUUGAAUCUCUGGUCCAGGAUUUGGUCAAGGAUAUGACCACCGAUCUGCCAGUGCGUACCAGCGAACAAUCCACCGUAACGGAAACCACCACCACCACUGAGACCCAUGCGCAAACUUCUACUCCGGAGCCAACUGAACAUGUUGAACUUGUCAAACCGGAAACAGUUCAUGAAGAGACUUCAACGGUGGAAUUGGUGCAAGUCGCCGAUGGUGAGAUGCAGACAUCGCCUCGUGGAGAACAGCAGCCCGUAUCCCUGGAUGACAAUUCUCUGACCGCCACUUCGAUUUCCGUUUCGGAACCCUACGAACUGGAGGUCAAGACAACAGUGGCCAUUCCCGCGGACUCAGAUACAUCUGCGGCCGAGCCGACGGUCUAUGAAUACACUCAGACCAUGCAGCUUCCCAAGCAGGAUAAGAAAUCCAAGAAGGACAAGAAAAAGAAGCAGAAGAAUGAGCCUCAACUGGAGCAGCAACUGCCAGAGGAACCGCAAAUCAGCGUGACCGUGGAAAUCGCACCGGAGUUGCUUUCAGAAUCGGGUAUUGUGGUGUCAACCAACCAGCAGAUUGAGGACGUGCCUCAUGUAACACCCGUGGUGGAAACUCCCAUUGAACCCGAAGAAGAGGAAACUUCCAAGGCCCAACGGGUGCAACUUCAAAUCACCAAGACCACAGUCUAUGAUGAGUAUCCGGAUCUGCCAGUGCAUAUCACGGAGCAGAACAAGGUGCUCAUCGCCUCCCAGCAGAAUAAACGCUCUGGAGCGGGACCCACAUCUUCGCCGGUGACCAUCGAAGAGGUUGCUUCACCUACAGAGGAGCUAGUGGUGCCCAUCACCCCGGGACCGGACAAUCUCAGUGGCGAGCCCAGCAACAUUUGGUUCAGUGCCACCACCAGCGUGGAUAAGACACCCAUUGAGCUCUCCCAGGCUUUGAUUAUGAGCGAGAGCUUGCAGCACUAUCCAGGACAACAGAACCAGCAAAGGCCCAUUCUGAUCUCCACCAAGGAAGCCAUUGGCGAUCGCAUCAAGCAGCUUAAGCAGGCAUCGCCCCAACAAGCCACUCCGCUGAGCAAUGUGCUCCAUUUGGCCACUCUUUCUGAACAGAUUAAGGAACUGCCCACGGAGCAACGUCUCUUAGAGGUCAAUGAGGGCCUCCAAGAUCUUGAUGCUGCCAUCAAGAAUGGUGACAAGACGGUGGUUCAAACCACUGUGAUCACGGUGAUUGAGAAGGUAUCAACUUGGCUGGAAACCAUCGAGUAUCGUGUGUACCUCAUCCGGCAGAACUCCAAUGAAGGACCCUCCGAGGAGAAACUGGAUAACUAUAACCAACUCAACGAAGAGCUCAGCACCAUCAAACAGAAUGUCGGCAAACUGGAGCGACAGCUGUCCAAGGCUGAGCCCGAGUUGCUGCAAUGCGUGGAUAGCCUCAAGGAGCAUGUGGAUGCCGUGGAGCAGGUUACACAACAGAACCAGGUGCAGGAUAGCAAUGACCUGGAAAAGUGGCACAGCUUCGAGGUACUCCUAUACAACGUGUCCUCCGAUUUGGCCCAUCUCCAGCAGAGCUAUGAUCUCCUGAUCAACCAGGAGUAUCCUCUAUCCGCCAAACUGGCCCAGCUGGAUGAGCUGGAGCAGCGUCAUGAAGCGGCCCAGCAGCAGCUGGCGCAGCUUUGCCAAAACGCCCGAGCCUUCCAGCGUGACUUCCCAGGCAAAAAGAUGCCGCAGGAUGUGCACAAUGCCUUCGAGACCAGCAAGAAUAUUGGCAACAAUAUCCAGGCAGAGCGAGAACGUGUUCUCCAACUGCAAUCUCUGGCGGAGGAGUACGAGCAAACCCUCAAGGAGUUCACCAAAAUCACAGUUCUGGCCGACAAGUUGGUUGAGAGUCCCAUAGUUUCUAGUUCCCUCGAACAGCUGAACAACGAGGUGCAGAAGCAGAGGAAGUUCUUCGUGAAUCUCAGCCACUGUCGCGCCAUGUUGGAGUCCCUGGAGGAGAACAUCGAUAGUGAGACCCGCGAGAAGCACUCUGAGCUGCACAAGGAGCUCUACAACAGGGCUACUAGUCUACUGGAUAAGGCCUCCGAAAGGUCUUCCAAACUGGUGCAGGCUGCCUCCCGCUGGACUGUCCUUGAGAAGGGCAUGCGGGAUGAACUUCAGUGGCUGCAGGUGGCUCAACAGAGAGUUCCUGAUCUGUCUGCCGUAACAUCCGCCGACUAUGAUCAGUAUACCACCCUCUAUCAGUCCCUGAGCAAUGAUAUCUCACAUCACUAUGUGAAGAUGACGCAGCUUUCGGGAAUAGCCAACAAGUUGCAGCUGCUGGUGCAAGCCCCCAAUCUCGUGGAGGAAACCAAUGAGGCUUUGAUAGUGUUACUCAAACUCCGUGAGGAGGUGGCCUUGUAUCUUCAUCGCCUGCUGGUCUUCAAGGAAAUCUGGGUGCAGUACGAACAGCAAACGGAUAAACUGGAGGCCUUUGUGCGCGAAGCAGAGCAGGAAUUGCGGCACAUCCAGAUCCCAUCGCAACCCACUCAGCAGCCCAUCGAACAUAUGCGUCAGUUCUGGGAGAUCAAGGCUCGCUUUGAGCUCCACAACAAUGUGCGAACCGACACCGGUCUGAGUUUCGAGAAAUCCCUGCAGGUCAUCCCACUGGCCGAUGAGAUGCUCCAGCGGCAGUUCCAUGCCCAACUGGAGGAUCGCUGGCAGGCGGUGGCCCAGGCCAUCGAGCUCAUCCAGCACAACAUUGUGGAGAGCCUGUCGUCGGAGGAUGUGCCAGCGGCUGAGAAACUCCAGAUGGUGGAGCGGGAGCUGCAGGAGAUCUACCUGACCAUGACCAGCAUGAAGGGUGUGAUCAAGAACGAGGAGGAACUCUGUCUGUACAUCGAACGAGUCCAAGUGCUCCGCACCCGCGUGGGCUUCAUUGGCAACGAACUGGGACGGAUUGGACUGCAACAGCCCGCCAUUGAGCCGGAAAAAGUGGGUGAACUAUUCGCCCUCUCGCACAAGAUCAGCACCCAGAUUGCCGAGGAGCUGGAGGGUGCCUCUGUGCUGCGCGACCAACUGCAAGCCAUCCAAGAGGGUAUCAGCAACCAGCGCAAACACCAGGCCAAGAUCUCUGUUAUUCUGGAUGAAUGUGAAGCCGCCGAGCGCCAGGGAGCAGAUGUCCUUGAAAAGGCAGUGGCCGAUUGCCAGGGUGCCGGCGAAGAGCUGGUGACCAGCUGGCAGGAGAUCAUGCGCAUCCGCCAGAUGCUUCACACCCUGCCCAUGCGUCUCAAGAUGUCCGUUUCGCCCGUAAAGUUGGAGCGAGAUAUCUCCCAGCUGCAGGACGACCACGCCUUCCUCGAGAGCAAAUGCACAAAUAUCAUGGGCAUUCUGCGGAAUCGCCUGGCCGUCUGGCUGCGCUAUGAACGCCAACUGGAGCUGGUUCACGGAUCCGUCCAGGAGACCGACUUUAUGAUGGAACUCAUCCGGGUGCACGGUCAAGUGGACUACGAGCGCCUGCGCAAAGCCACGGAGCGUUUGGAGGGACUCGCUGGCGAUCUACACAACCGCGAACAACUGAUCGAUGAACUGAAGGGUGCCGCCAAACCUCUGAUCGAGAGCUGCGAUGUCCAGAUUGUCGAGCAGAUCGAGUCGGCGGUCCAGGAGGCGGUAGUCGCCUGGAACGAUACCAGCGAUAAUCUACAGCAACUACGAACCCGCUACCAAAGAGCCGUCGAGCUGUGGGACAAGUACCGCAACGCCUCUGCCGCCGUCAAGAACUCUAUUGACCAGCAAAUGGACACGGUCAAGUCCCUGGAGCAGCCCCUGGAUGCCCUGCAACAUGCCAAGGUAUGCCAAGACAACCUGACGACCCAGAAUGACAGAAUCUUGGAACUGCGCGACAUUGUGGCCAAGAUCGCCGCCGAUGUGGGCCUGGAUGCCUCGGCCCUGAUGCAGGGCGAAUUGGAUGCACUGGGUCAGAGAUUGGCGGAGUGCAAGGAUGCCAUCACCACGCUGGCCAAUGUGGCUGAAACCCAGGACAAGGAGCGCAAGGAGCUCGAUAAGGAGGUUACACUGGCCAAGGAAUACUUCAACAAUGUGCAGCAGGACCUUUCCCGAGAGGCACCGCAAAAUCCCAAAGAAAGCGAGGAGCAGUUGGCCGCCCUGCGAGCCCAUCUCCAAACACUGGCCAGAACGGAAGAGCAACUGCGUCAGCUGAAGGAGCGCCAUCAGAACAACGAGGUGACACCUUCGGUGGCCGGAGCAGUUGAUGAUGAUGGCGUCCUGGAGGUUCUGGCCCUGUGGCAGAAGAUAUUCCAGGACACCUUCCAGGAAUACCAUCGCCUGUCCACGCGACUCGCCCGCAGCCAGAACAGUUCGGAGGCCCUGCGAUUGUGGAGGCAAUACCUCCAGCACGUCCAGUCCUUCCUCUCCUGCGCCAUUCCCGAGGACUACAGCAGUUUGAGGGAACAGCAGCAGUUGUGCGCCAUCCAUCAGAACCUGCUCAUCUCGCAGCAGAGUGUGCUCUCGGAAACGCCACUGGAAUCGGAGCUAUCGGAACAGUACAAGGCCCUGACCAAUCUGCACAAUGAAACUCUCUCGAGGAUCAUGCAGCGAAAUGGUGAGCUGGAGCGGCGUGUGAGUGGCUGGAAUGCCUAUCGCCAGCAGCUGGCUGCUCUUUUGGAUUGGCUGCGCCAACGGGAGGCAGAGCGUAAUGCCCUCCAGUUGCGAUACAUUCACCUGAAGCGAGUGCCACAUCUGAAGCACCGCCUGGAUGCGAUGAUUCAACAGCUGGAUCAAGGGGAACAGCAGAGCAAAGCCUUGCAGGAGCAGCAGCAGGAGCUGGCCCGGCAUUGUGAUGAUGCCCUGGCCACCGCCAUGCGAAUGGAGCAGGCCAGCAUUGGCCAGAGGAUUAAUAACCUCCGUGCCGCCCUCAAGACUUGGCAAGGAUUCCUGCAGCGCGUCACCCAGUUAUCAGACACUUACGAACAGCGAGUCCACCAGUUGCAGCAGGAAUUCGAAGCAGCUCAAAAGCUCCUGGAUGCCAAUCCAAGUGAAUCCCUGCCCACUCAGCCCGCUGCCAUUGAACAACUUUUGGGAGCCCUGCGAGCACAGAGAGUGCAACUGGGUGCCCAAGUUCCCGCCCUGGAGAGUCUCACGGUGACCCAGGAGGAGCUCAAGGAGUGCAUCAGUCCGCACGACAUGAAGACCAUUCGCCAAAGGAACUGGUUGCUCUGGCAGCAGCAUGCCGAUCUGGAUUACCAGCUGGCCAACCUUAUCAACUCGAUCGAGGAACGUCUAUCCCUGCUGUCCAACUACCAAAUCCGCUACGAUCGCAUCUCCCAGUGGCUACAGCGUUUGGAGCAGCGUGUGGAAAAGGAUGCAGAUGUCACUGCCAUGACCAAUCCCGAACAAGCAGCCAAGCAGCUGGAGCAGCAAAUCAAUUCCGAGCUGCAGCUGAGGGACAAGGAAAGGGAGUGGCUACUGUCCACCAGCAGGGAACUGCUCACCCUCUACUCCGAGCCAGAAGUUCGAUCCCAGGUGCAACAGCAGAGCGAUUCCCUCAUCGACCGCUGGCAGCGUCUCAAGUACCUGUGCAAGCAAAAGGCCACCAAGAUUGGUGAGCUCAAGAUGACCCUUCUCCGCCUGGAGGAGCGAAUCGCCCUGAUCCGUGCCUGGCUCUUCGAAGUGGAAUCCCAACUGGACAAGCCGCUGAACUUCGAGAGCUACACCCCGAAUGUGAUCGAGGCCAAGCUGAAGGAGCACGAGCAGAUCCAACGCUCCAUUGAGCACCACAGCAGCAAUGUGGGUGAGGUUCUGAAUCUCGUAGAGAUGCUCCUCAACGAUGCCGACAGCUGGCGAACGCAGGUGAACACCUCCGGACUGGCUGCCUCCGCCCAAAAUCUGGAGCAGCGCUGGAAGAAUGUGUGCAGUCAGUCGGCGGAGCGAAAGGCCCGCAUCCUGACCAUUUGGAAUCUACUCCAGCAACUCAUCAAACUCACGGCCGAGCAUAAGAAUUGGCUAGGCAAACAGGAAAGUCAAAUAGCCGGCUAUGAAAGGGAUCAAAAGUCCCAUAGCAAGCAUAAGCUAGAGGAACGGCAGAAGGAACUCCGUGCCAAGCUGGAGGAGCUGGAGAGCCAGUCGGUCAAUCUGCGCCAGCUGGAGCAGAUCUAUGCCAAGCUGACCAUGAGUGCUGGCGUCGAGCCGGAGAACAUCCAGAAGCUAACGCUGCCCACCAAGGUGAUGGUGAGCAUGUGGCGCCAGUUGACGCCACGCUGUCAUGCCCUGCUGGAUGCCAUCGACAAGGAUGCGAAGCUUAUGCGGGAGUUCAACAAUGCCCAACUGGAGGCCACCAACUCUCUGAAUGCCAUACAAAAAGCCCUGGAACAAUUGCCCAGUGUGGAGGAUCAGCAGACCUCCAAGGCAGAGCCAAAGGCGGUGCUCCAGCGAUUGGAGAGCCUGGAGAAGAAGUUGCAGGAUGCCCAGCAACAUGUCCAGCAGGCGGAUAACCUGGCCCAGGAGGCCAAGACCAGGACCAAGCAGCAACCACAAUUGAAAACAUUGCUGGAACUGGUAUCCGCCUAUACCACCCUUUGGCAAACUGUCCAGACCCGCAUUGUGACCCUCAAGACCAGUUGGGUGACCCGGGCAGCUCAGGCAGCCGCCGCCGCUGUCCCAGUUAACGAAGCCGCCAACGCCGCCGUCCAGGUCAACACAUUGUCCCAGAGGAAACUUCGCCAGGCCCAGCAGAUGCAAAGGGAAACCUCCAUCACCGCCAAGGAUGCCUACAUCAUGGAACUGCAAACGGCCAUCACAGAGUGCCAGAACAAUCUGGACGAACUGCAGCGCACGGUAGUGGACAAGACCCGCAAGCCGGGACCACAGAAGAUCGCCAAGCUGCUGGGCAAUGCCCAAUCCUCCACGGAGCUGGUCAAACAUCUCAGCCAGCUGCUGCUCACCGAGUGCCAGGCGGACAACCAGGCUGCCCAGGUGGAAACCGUGGCAGAGCUCACGUUGCGCUUCGAUACACUGCAGUCGCAGUGGAAGGCGCGACAGCAGCACGAUCAAAAUGCAAGGUGCCACCUACCUGCAUCCUACAAGUACAACUGCAUACACGAGGUCGGCCGGCUAACGUGUCCGCUCUGCACACAGCGAAACUGGCAGCAGAUCGACAACGACCUGUGGCGUUUGGAGCAGUGGCUGCAGUUCGCCGAGAGCACCCAGAAGGCCCAGUCAGCUCCGCCCUCGAACAUCGAGCUGCUGGAGGAUGUCACCCAGGAUCAUCGCGAGUUCCUACUGGAUCUGGAGAGUCACAAGUCAAUCAUAUCGUCCCUGAAUGUGGUCGGUGACCAUUUGGCCACACACACCCUGGACACUGAAAAAGCCAGGCAACUGCGAUCUCGUCUGGAGGCGGAUAAUGAACGCUGGAACAAUGUGUGCAUCAAUGCCACCAAAUGGCAGGGUCUUCUCCAGACCGCCCUGAUGGGCAACAGUGAGUUCCACCAGACCAUCGAUGAGCUGGUGAACUGGCUGCAGAGCACGGAGCAGAACAUCAAGGCUUCCGAGCCCGUCGAUCUCACCGAGGAGCGCUCCGUGCUGGAGGCCAAGUUCAAGAAGUUCAAGGAUCUGCGAGCCGAACUGGAAAGAUGCGAACCCCGAGUGGUGAGCCUGCAGGAUGCCGCCGAUCAGCUUCUGCGCUCCGUUGAGGGCUCCGAGGAGCAGUCCCAACACACCUACGAGAGAACCCUUUCCAGAUUGACCGAUCUCCGACUGCGUCUCCAAUCCCUGCGUCGUCUAUCCGGAAUCUAUAUCGUAAAACUGGGCGCCGUCCUGGGUUACGAAGGCGAUAAUCUUGGCGUGCCUUUGCACAUGUUGUCGAGUGAGCUUUUGGAUAAUACUACAUUAUCAACCUCUUCUAUGCAGGCCGCCGCACCAAACACAGAAAAUGCAAACAACACCGAUGGCGAUGCUGUCGAUGGCGAUGUCAUCAAUACCACGGUUCUGGCGCGCGGUGCACGAUUCCUAGGCCGCGUUGCACGUGCCUCGCUGCCCAUUCAGGCGCUCAUGCUGCUGCUUUUAGGUGUGGCCACUCUGGUGCCCCACGGUGAGGACUACACCUGCAUGUUCUCCAACACCUUUGCGCGCAGCCUGGAGCCCAUGUUGUCGUACCCCCACGGACCACCGCCCACGUAAAGCUGUCGAGUUGCAAUUGGAUUAGUGCAAUGAAACCAUGAACAAGAACAAAAAACCCAAACCCCCUGAACCCUAACCAUAGAACUGUUUAAAUCAGUCCCCAAAAGAUAUGAAAAUAUGCCUUUUGUAAGCUAAAUUCCUGUAAGAAAAUUCAAAAAAAAAAAUAUUUGCAUUGAGUAAUGAAAUGGAAGAGUUGUAAAUUUGUGUAGUUUAUCACAUUUUGUAAUUGUAUGUAAUUUUGUAGAGAUUCAAUAGCUAGAGGCAUUAAUAAAACAACCAAUUUGUAUAUAACCCACUGAACAGACUCGACAAGCCGAACACAUGAAACACAUGAAAGAAAAAGAAUGAACUAACUAUUCAAGCUAACGACAAGUAACGAAAAAAAACUUUUGUAAAACGAUAUAUACAUUAUACAUAUAUAUUUGCACAGCAAACAAUUUAUAUAUUCAUAUAUAAUCCCAAGAUAUAUGAUCCCAAGAAAUCUAUAGAGAACCCAAACAUUUUGUAUAUAAAAAUAACUAAGCUAAAACGAAAAUCAAAAUACGCACACGAAAAUUUUACUCAUCACCGCACGUUUUCCUUUAAGAGAGAUCGAUGGCAGCACGUAGUUGUGAUUGGAGGUCGUGCAGAUUUCGUGGAACAUUUCUGCAGAAACCAAGCCCAAGUCCUUGCUGCCAUCGAUGGGCUAGAGAAGUCGACGAAUCCCAAGACAAAUCAUGACCCACAUAGACCAAUCGCCUGGAGAACUACUUGGUGGCCCAUGUAUCUUGUUCGCUGCUCGCCUUUCUCCCAAAUUCAAGGCGAUGCGGUGGAUAAGAUGCAUUGGCUACCUUUUAGACUCUGGCCCCUAAAGUCCCCUUGCCAAAGGAUAAUUCUACCCAAGGCCAAGCUCUCUCCCACGGCCAAAGGGUUAGAAAGGAGAACCUGCAGUGCGCCAGCCACAGGACACUGUGUUCACCUCUGAUCCUUAAACUCCAACCCGGCAACAGGGGGCUAGACAUUUCAAAGCAUUCCUGAUACUCAUUUCCAAAUUACCCAUAGACAUUGAACAUCCUAGCCUGCUCUCACCCAAAAAAAAAAUGGAAAACGUGCGUGCCACGAGCAUUGAACAAAACGAAGCAAGUGUCCUAUGCCGGUGCUAAACCAACCAACAAAUUUUCUAUGUAAAGAAAAAAUGUAAAAUGCGUAUACAAAAAAUGAAAUUAAAUUCAUAAAACAAAAGAUUAACUCUUUAAAAAAAAAAUCGUAAAAUUGCAAUUUGCAAAUAGACAAGUGACGUAAGUCCAUCCAGUAAUAAAUUACCUAUUUUGUUGUUAAUAUUUUUUGAUAAACCUAAUUCUAUUUGCCUUAUACUUACCCAACUUGUUUAUUACAACUAUUUUUUAUUAUUUAAAGCUUGAGCAAUUAUUGAGAAAAUACAUACAUUUAUUUAUUAGACCUAUACGAUUUAUUACGUAUUAAAUUAAGUAUGAUUUAAAUGUUAAAUUUGUGUACUUUGCUGCUUCUAUCUGGUUAUAAAAUAAUGAGCCGUUAUCAAGUUAAUAUAAUUUAUGUAGCAUUUUAAGAUUUCCUUUCUUGUGAACAACUGUACCUUUAUAUGCAUUAUGAUUAUUAAA